AAUCAUCCCCACUUUCUUUGACACGCAUUCUGAAAACUGUGUUAUUCAGACAUUCCUUUGCCAUGUGAAUCUCUUUUUACCAACCAGCAUUUACUGGUGCUUUUAUUGAUGCUGAGAUGUUGGUUUUUUAUGUUCCACUAUUUUAUGAAUCUGCAGCCUAUACAUAUUAAAACAAAUAAACCAUCCUUGGGGAAGAAGCCUCAGCUCCAUGGCGGGCAGAGCAACUUCCAAGCUGCUUCCCAGCCUCACUCCAUGGCCUCAAGAGGACAUCCAUGGGACCUGUUUCCUGCCAACUGUCAGAAAGGGAAGACCUGCCUCCAUCAUGGGCUGAGUGAGUUCCGAGAUGAUGCUCCACACAACUGCUUUAUCUCUGAGGACACUGGUGAGAGCUUUUGCUGAGAAGUGGGAGGCUAAAGGGCAAACCUGGGCCUGGGGAGUACAGUGGUACCUUGGUUCUCAAACACCUUGGUACUCAAACAACUUGGAACCCAAACACUGCAAACCCGGAAGUAAGUGUUCCGGUUUGCAAAUGGUCAAAGGCCUGGAAACGAUGCCUUAUGAGGAACGGCUAAGGGAGCUGAGCAUGUUUAGCCUUUACAUUAUUUACACAAUGGGCCCCAUGUGAUUGGCUAAUUCCGAGAUUCUCCUGUAGGCCAAUCAGGUUGCGGAUUCAUUUCCACCUGGAGCUGGAUUGGGUGGCUCCUGUGGACCAAUCAGACUGCUGCAUUUUGGAUCCUAUUCAACACAGUACAUAACUGUUAUGUACUGAGUUGAAUAGGAUCCAAACUGCAGCAGUCUGAUUGGUCCUAGAACAAUAGGAUCCAAAACGCAGCAGUCUGAUUGGUCCUAGAACAAUAGGAUUCAGAAUGCAGCAGUCUGAUUGGUCCUAGAACAAUGCAGCAGUAUGAUUGGUUGGCAAGAACCACCCAAUCAUUCUCCAGAUAGAAGCGAAUCCACAACCUGAUUGGCUUACAGUAGAAUUCCGGAAUUAGCCAAUCAUGUGCAGCCCAUUGUGUAAAUAAUGUAUAUAAAGUAGAUACUUUGAGGGGACAUUCAUUCAUUCCUCCUCACCACUAUGAGCUGAAUAAAGAGCAUGAAAUCACUUUGCGACUCUGAGUAUAUUUCAAUAACAAAAACCAUGAAACAGAAACAGUUCCUUAGAGAAAACAAUGAAAAACAAUCCAUAUUUGAAAAUAAGGCGAACAUAUAAAAACAAAGCCAUGCAUGUAAACGGUUAAAACUAGUUCCGGUACAGAUGCAGACUGGGAUAAAUAUCUCCGCUUAAAAGGCUUGUCGAAAGUGGAAAAGACAACAGAGACAGCACCUGCCUAGUAGGAGGAAAAGCCAGAGGAUAGGUGCCACCUCUCUCAAGUCCCGAUUCCUUUGCAAGCUGGCAGCAUCAUGUGUCCUCACAGCAGGUCAAGGUGCUGCUGCUUCCCAUACAUUUAAAAACAUUUCCAGUUUUUUAAUUUCUCUUGAAAGUAAGUAAUGAGGAAGGCUGACACACCUAACGACGGAGGGCAUUCCACAAAUUGAAACCACCACCGAGAAGGCCCUGUUACAGGUCGUUGCAAAUGUCCCCAGUGGAUCAGGGAGUCUUUCUUAACCAACUGCCUUACUUCGCUGAAUGCUGUGGCUCCAAUUUGCCCAAUGCAAGGAUUACCCUUUAUUCAGUCUGGAAAGUUCCCCACUAGCAUUUGCCAUCUGAAUCAACAAGGUGUAUGGCUUUUUUUCUACAGCGUUGAAGUGGGGAUGUCCUGGUCCUUUUAAGAGCUCCAGGAAUGUAAACCUUGCUCAGUUUUGCCAGGCUCGUGCCAAGGAAGAAUUCAAGGAUGAGGCAACCAGGAUACCACCCCAGUGGAGUGAGUAAUCCAGGAUUAGUUACAUUCUUAAGCUUACAAGGAGGGCCUUGAAUCCUUUACUGGACUGAAGCCAGUAAUCCUGCGACCCUGACUCUCUUUAAAUCAAUGCGAGCUACACCACAGACAUAACCAUCAAUUCGGAUUUUGGCGUGUUCGGUGCAUCACAGGACCAUUACAAGAGUCACACAACAAGCCAGUAUAGACAGCAAAAUAUGCACCUCUCCCCACACCCCCUCCUGCCUUCCUGCUCAUUCUGGGCAUCUUUCUGAAUGUCUGUUCUGAUAGAACCGCUGCUUCUGUGUAAGCUCCUGCUCACAGCCUCCUUGACAAGGGAUGGGAUUGUGCCCUAAAGAGAGAGAAAAUGCCAAAAAGAUGGCUUCUUUAGCACAGCUAGCAUGAGAAUAACCAGCUAAAGUUGCACAGCCUUCCAGCUGCCCACCGAAUCCUAAUUGUUUGUGACAGAACUGGGUUUUUUCUCAGGUUAAUGUCACAAUUUUCCUUAGGGGUGGAAGAGUAUUCUGUGAUAUUAACUUAAACCAGAGAAGUUUUGCAAAAUAUUGGCCUCGUCUCUCCCCGCUGAAAGGAGAGACUAUUUUCGUAACUGCAAAAAGCUUUUAAGUUAUUCUUUUCUUUUAACCUGUAGGAUCAUUCUCUUUGAAGAACUGGCAACAAUUUGCAGACUUUGAUGUGCCAGCAAAAGGGUUUUUGAAAAAUAAUUUUGACAUAUAAAUGCAGUAUGUUUACAUCCCAACUCAACGUGAAUAGGACUGAGCUGCACAUGUACUGAUUCUGCCUAAAGAUAAAAGCUUAUCCAGCCAAAGAGGAAUAUUGGACUAGGAAACAAAAAGCCACUGAAAAUUUCAAAAAAGCAUUUCUGUUCUACCAUAGCCAGCCUUAGGCUAACAGCCAGAUACUUAUUUUUAUUUGGGCUGGCCUUUUAACCACCUUCUUCAAUUCUAGCAUGACAAUGCAAAGUCAUACAACGGGUUCUUGGUUAUGGGCCAAAACAGCAAUUUAGUAAGCCAUGCCAAACUGGAAUAAUGUGUGUUCACCAUCUCCACACUAUUUAUAAUUGUAUAAAUGUCUACCAUGUAGUUUUGGUUGUCUGCCCAAAACUAAAACGUCCUAAUUGCGGGCCCAGCAGGGGUCCUAAUUUGGCCCAUGAGACUGUUCUAUAAGGGAACCUGACAUCUGAUUCCAUAACUUCUAAGCUUUAUUAGGUGAGAGAUUUGGGGCUCAUCUGUACUGUCAUUUAAUAUACCUCCAUUAAUUAUCCCUUGCUCUAUGACAGGGGUCAGCAAACUUUUUCAGCAGGGGGCUGGUCCACUGUCCCUCAGACCUUGUGGGGUGCUGGACUAUAUUUUGAAGAAGAAAAAGAACGAAUUCCUAUGCCCCACAAAUAACCCCAAGAUGCAUUUUAAAUAAAAGCACACAUUCUACUCAUGCAAAAAACACACUGAUUCCCGGACUGUCCGCGGGCUGAAUUUAGAAGGCAAUUGGGUGGAUCUGGCCCCCGGGCCUUAGUUUGCCUACCCAUACUCUAUGACAUUCUCCUCUAAAUCACUGUCUUCCCACACUUUCCCUUCCCUCCAUAGGCGCCAACUCCUAGGGGCCCAGGUCCCUUUGCCCCCCAUAAAAUAUCUGAAGAGGCCAGGGCCCCCCAAAGUUGAUUGCCAUUGCUGCCUCCCCUCCUUUUUUCCACGUUUGGCCUUCAUUUCCCAUCGAGCCCUGUAAAAGAACUUGUAAAAGGGUUGCUGGAUGCAAGAGAGCUGGGAUCGGGGGAAAACCUCAUUUCUUACCGCCUUUGCAAUUGGAGACAGACAGGAAGAGAAAAUGAAACUGUGUGCUCCAUGGGACAGAUUCAUGGAGCUCUGCUAGGACAAAAGAGGAAGCAGUUCCCUGGUUGCUUGUCAUUUUUAAAAAUUAAAUUCAAGACAUGCUUUAAGAGCCAAGGGAGGAGGACAUUGUCAAGAGCUUUGCCAUUUACUUUCAAUCUUCUUUUCUACCAUCCCUCCUUUGUCCUUGUCCCUACCUCCAAUAUCACUGUCCUUGUCCGCACCCCCCCAUAUUUUAUUCAAGUUGGUAUCUCUGCUUCCCUCAAUCUGGAUUUCCACAUACCCUCUCCUUUCUCAGAGUAUCCCUGGUAUAAGAAAAUCUGGCUCAAGGGAGGGGAAAUUGUGGGAAGGCAGUAAUUUGGAGAAGAAGCUUACCAUCCACAUUAAAAGACAGAAUGAAUGAGCUCUUUCUUAAAAUCUUGCACUUGCACCACCUUGAAAGUUGAAAUGUAGGAAGAGCAAAUAUAGAUAAGCAUGGACUUUCAGAACCAGCAGUUUUAUCAGGACUGGAGAUAAUAGUGAUUUAAUAUUGCUUUUGUCCAGUGAGGUCCAGCGCUGAGGGCCUUCUGGUUGUUCCCUCCCUGCGAGAAGCCAAGUUACAGGGAACCAGGCAGAGGGCCUUCUCGGUAGUGGCACCUGCCCUGUGGAAUGCCUUCCAACCAGAUGUCAAAGAGAAAAACAACUACCAGACUUUUAGAAGACAUCUGAAGGCAGCCCUGUUUAGGGAAGCUUUUAAUGUUUAAUAGAUUAUUGUAUUUUAAUAUUCUGUUGGAAGCUGCCCAGAGCGGCUGGGGAAACCCCACCAGAUGGGCGGGGAAUAAAUUAUUAUUAUUAUUUGUCAUACGUUCUGUCCCAUUGACAUCUCAAGUCAAAGAUGGUUGAAGCAAUACUGAAACAAAAUGAAGGAUCCAUUUCAAAAUCUGGUUGUGGCAUUACACAACCAAAUUUCUAGCUCUCAUGGCUAGGGACUGAAAUCUGAGGAGUUCUGAGAAAUCAGAAAGAUCACCUGAACAAUUAGUUAUUAAUAUAAGGUAAAUGCAAUGCCGAAUCUUUUUAAUACAAUUUGGCUUUCUCCUUGCAAAACGGGGGAUGUUUUUAUAUAGAAAAUCUAGCCCUCCCUGCAGGCAUUAGAUAAUACCAGUCACAAUAUGAAAACCUGACUGAAAUGCUCAGAUGUAAAAUUGACCUGACACACAGUGCAAGGCUUCUCUGGGUAACUUUCUAAAGAGGAAUAGCUCAAGCCUCAGCGGAGUUACAAUAGAGAAUUGGUCUUCCCUGCCUGGAAGCGGGACUCUGAUUUGAAUUUAGGUCAAUGUGUAUUUUGUCAGAUCUCUUUCCUGCCAUGCGCUUAAAUGUGGCUACGAAACAUUCUGCUGCCGUCCCAUUAUUUACAUACAAUAGGGAACAAUCCGACCCAACGUAAUGGCAGAGUCCCAGUGAUUUCAGUGAGGGAGAGCAGAACAUAUGCUUAACUUAGCUCAGGUGUUGCCAACUUCCCCGCCCCACGGGCCAAUUUGUACACUGGAGAAACUGUCAUGUUAUAAUUCCUGCUCCAUGAUUGCAGUCAUGGGAUUAUUGUCUUUCACAUGACGGCGUAUGUUUUGACUCCACAGAGUGGGAAGUGACGGAGACAGGAUGUUUGUGUUACUGUGUUCUGUGAAGUGGGACUAUUGUCCUUUGUUCUUUUCCUCUUUGCUCUCUGAUGCUAGAGAGAGAGGGAGCCAUGUUGCAGUGCUCCGUGUGUGUUUAUAUGUAAAUAAAGUAGAUUAGCCAAAAUGUUGCUGAGGUCUGUCAUGCAAAGCUGUGAAGACUCUGAAGCUCUCUAAGUGUGCCGGUGUCGGUUGGCAUCAGUUGCUGUGAUGUUUGGGCAGAAGAAAGCUUUUGAAGCUCCUGAACAAUUGACCAGGAGGGAGAGAACAUGCCAGUUGGGCAUGUGUCUCUGCCAGGGUCCUACUCGAGUGUAAGCUGAACUCCUGACACAACAUGCGCAUGCACGUGCCCGUGCGCGCGCGCGUGCACGUGCCCGUGCGCGCGCGCGUGCACGUGUCCGUGCGCGCGCGCGUGCACACACACACACACACACGCACGCACGAGUACACACCACAACCGAUCCAUUAGCUACAACAGAAUGUCUCUUUCAAGCCAAAUUUCAGCGGGGGGAGGGGACCCUGUGGGUGCCAGGAAAGGGCCUUUAUAGGUACAGAUGUGGUCACAGAUGUUGGGCUGGCAACCCCUGGCCUCAGAAUUAUUUGCGGGGCAGCAAGCAGAGAAAAGAUGGAGAGAAUCUCCAAUAAGCCAGUGGGCAAGCAGAUGUGCUCUUGGAGUUGUGUCUUGAAUCCACAGGGACUGUUUUGAGACAGGGGAGAAAGAGUGGAGAACAAAAGAGAAAUUGAAGGGCUCCACCAAAAGGCAAUAUAUGCUUUGAGUCUGAGAGCAGCCGCCGAUUAACUUUGACUGAGAACCCGCCUGAAACCCCAGAAAAAUGAUGGUGAUGAUAAUCAGGGUUUUUCCCCAGCCAGAACUUGGUUCCGGCACAUCUUAUAAUGCCAUUGCCAUUUUAAGAGAACAAGAGAGGGAUUCGUGGUGAUUUCUGGCACCUCUAUUUCUAGAAAAAUACCACUGAUAAUAAAUAAAUGAGAAAAUAAAUCAGAUUUUUUUUUUGUUGGGGGGGGCAGGAAUCGUAUGUUUAUUGUAUUGGCCAGGAUGCGACGUGAUCUCGUUUAUGUUUUUACUUUUUUUCUUAUAUUAUUUUUUAAAAAAAGCAUUUACAAAAGAAUUGCUUGUUAAGGUUUUGCUUUAAAGCAGGAAUAUAGGAAGUUGCCUUAUGCCAAGUCAGACUGUUGGUUCAUCUAGCUCAGGGUUUCCCAAACUUGGGCCUCCACUUCUUUUUGGACUACAACUCCCAUCAUCCUUAGCUAGCAAGACCAGUGGAUGAUGGGGAUUGUAGUCUAAAAACAGAAAAGGAAGAAAAGGUGGUAUAUACAGUGGUACCUCGGGUUACAGACGCUUCAGGUUACAGACGCUUCAGGUUACAGACUCAGCUAACCCAGAAAUAGUACCUCGGGUUAAGAACUUUACUUCAGGAUGAAAACAGAAAUUGCGUGGCGGCGGCAGCAGGAGGCCCCAUUAGCUAAAGUGGUACCUCUGGUUAAGAACAGUUUCGGCUUAAGAACGGACCUCCAGAACGAAUUACCUUAUUUUUUGCACCAUAACACUCACUUUUUUCCUCCUAGAAAGUAAGGGGAAAUGUCUGUGCGUGUUAUGGAGUGAAUGCCUACGGAUGGUGGGGGGAAUCUGCUGCAGUCGUGAGCAGAGGAUCCAUGGUUCCCCUUCCUUCCCUCCUCCGUGGCUCACUUUGAAACAGCAAAGUGGGAGAAGAGCCGCUGAGUGGGGAGGAGAGAGGUUCUGAGAGCCUGCUUGCUUUAAAGGAGCAAAGCGGGAGAGGAGAGGAGCCGCUUACACGAGUGUAAGCGGCUCCUGUCCGGUUGGCUCCUUUAAAGCAAGCAGGCUCUCUGUCCCUCUCUCCUCCCCACUCAGCUGGCUAAAUAGCAGCAAAGUUUUUCAUCGAGCCGGGGAGGAGGGAGAGAAGCAGAGCCUGCUUGCUUCUCUUAUACCCCUCUUCUGCAUUAUUAACAGCAUCCUUCUCCACCCACCCCACGCGUGUUCCUUGGCCCUUGAGUGCUUUUCCUUCCCUCCCCACUUAAAACGUGGUUACAAAGCAUGGAUCCACUUGGAUCCUCAGGAUUUUUGCAUUGGGCUACCUCAAACUCACCGUCAGAUCACAUGUCUGUGGCCACAGCAUGAACCACAAAAAUCAUACAUCCACUGUUUCGUUUAGAAUAUUUUUUUUCUUGUUUUCCUCCUCUAAAAACUAUGUGCGUGUUAUGGUCGGGUGCGUGUUAUAGAGCGAAAAAUACGGUAAGUUCUUAACCCCAGGUACUGCUGUAAAUGUAAAUAAUAAAAUGAAGCAUGGCCUCCAAUAGUUCACGACGACAAUAGGAACAUGCUUGUCACAUGGAGGGGAACCAGGAGAGAGGGAAGUACCACUUGCAAACUGCAGAAACAAAAGAGGCAACUCUCAGAAGGGGCUUGGUGAUAAUGACAUGCUCUCUCAGGCAGCCUCCACCCACGACAUCAACCAGGUCUCAUGUUUGGGCCCUGAAAUCUCAGGGUCUGGGGUGCUCCUGGCAACCCUAGUUUAGCGUGGCAGCACCUACCCCUUUGGAACUCCCUGCAUAUUGAGAUCAAGCAGGCACCUUUACUGUACUCUUUUCGGCACCUGCUAAAAGCAUUCCUGUUUAUAGAUAGGAUGCUUUAGCCAGAUGCUUAGAAAGUUGAGGUAAUUUUAAUCUGCUUUAGUAUUUUAACUUUUGCAUGUUUUAAAGCAGGGCUGUAUUUUUUAAUUUUAUUUUUUUUGUAAAUCGCUUUGAGGUGGCCAAUACAUUUUAUGAAAUAAUAAAACACUUAUGGGGGGUUGUUUUGGUAUGAGCUUAGGUAUCUGAAGAAGUGUGCAUGUACACGAAAGCUCAUACCAAUAACAAACUUAGUUGGUGCUACUGGAAGGAAUUUUUUUUAUUUUGUUUCGACUACAGCAGACCAACACGGCUACCUACCUGUAACUAGACUUCUGGGGGUGAUCAUGAGGAAAGCUUGCACUCCAGAAUUCACCACUACAAAACUGCAUGUAUACAUGUCUGUUUAAUUAAUUGCUCAUCCAUUCCCACUACCCUUUUGCUGAUUUAAAAAUAAAACGCAAGAGUUAUCUUCUAAGUUUAAUGUUGAAGCCAGUUGCACAUUUUUGCCUGGAGGAAAGCCUCAUUGAACUCAGUGGGGUUUAUUACACAUUAAGCCUAUAACGAAAUUGCAGUCCCCCCCUUUUUUUUAAAGCCGCACAUAUUGGCUGCAAACACUUCGAAACUUAAAAUGCAGAGAAGGGUGCGGAAUAAUGCUGUACGAUUUCCACCAAAACCUAACCUUCCUUCCCCUCCAUCACGCUCAGGGCUCUGAAAAACAAAGCAGUGUUAGCUUUACUUAAUCUUUAUCCCAUCGAGACACAAUGUAGUUUGGAGAAAUAAAAAAAGAACUCUGCAACGUGAUACCGCAUGCGUGUAAUGAAGGGGUUAAAAGAAAGCCGGAAGUUUGCAAGGCAUGACGGGAGUUGUAGGCGAAGAGCUUCAUGGGAAUUGUAGUUGGGCUGUUUCCUUCAGCAUGGCUGCCCUCCUGUAAGGUAAGCCAGUUUCUUUUCUCUGCUUUGCAGAAAGGCAAAUGGCAACAUCUUUUAACCAGGCUGCAAAUUCGAACCCAAGACAGGACAGAUUCCUCUCCUGAUUUCAGACUUGCGUGGCGUCUCCUGCUCCCGAGACACUGAAUCAGCACUUUAUUAACAGGAUGUGGCCAUGCUAACUCAGUUUUGGAAAGAGUGUUGUAAGGAUCGUAGCCUAAAAUUCCUGUCCAGACAUAACAGCUGCUGUUUGCAGUGCACUCCUUUUUUUGAGGCUUUGGGGGUGGUGGUGGUGGAGCAAAGGCAGCAAAAAUAGACACCACAGUCCUGGCUUUGAUCCCGUGUAAAAUCUAGUUGAGAUUCCUGCACUGCAAUGGGGUUGCAGUAGAUGACCCUUCCAGCUCUCCAAUUCUGUAAUUCCAUAAUUCUAUGAAAACAACAGCAACCUUGAGCAUGUUUAUUUAUCCAUCAGUACCGCUUCCAUGAAGGGACGCGGGUGGCGCUGUGGGUUAAACCACAGAGCCUAGGACUUGCCGAUCAGAAGGUCGGCGGUUCGAAUCCCCGCGACGGGGUGAGCUCCCGUUGCUCGGUCCCUGCUCCUGCCAACCUAGCAGUUCGAAAGCACGUCAAAGUGCAAGUAGAUAAAUAGGUACCGCUCUGGCGGGAAGAUAAACGGUGUUUCCGUGCGCUGCUCUGGUUCGCCAGAAGCGGCUUAGCCAUGCUGGCCACAUGACCUGGAAGCUGUAUGCCGGCUCCCUCGGCCAGUAAAGUGAGAUGAGCGCCGCAACCCCAGAGUCGGUCACGACUGGACCUAAUGGUCAGGGGUCCCUUUACCUUUACCUUACUGCUUCUAUGCUACGUUUAGCCACGUGUGUGAGCAGUUGGAGUAAUUCUGUUCAAAGAUCGAGAGAAGCAAAGGGCCUCCCAUUUCAUGCCAACUCACUCAAAGUAAGUUCCAUUGAGUUGAAUGGGGCUUAUUACCGUGUCAGUGGUUUGUGUCAUUUCAAUGAGUUGCUUCAUUUGUGGUCAGAUCCUAUGCUGUAUAGAACGUUAUGCUGAAUUCAAGGAGCUCGACCAUGAUAAUGUUUUUGGGUUUUUUAAUAACCCGCUCUUCUACUUAAAUGUACACACAGUAGCAUACCACAAAACCAGAAAUAUGGCCCUAAAAAUUCUCUCUCUCUCUGCAAUAAAAAUGUCUCUAUGUGCAUUUAGGGACCUGCAGGUAGGGAGAUAGCUGUUUUCCUUGUGUUCUUUUGCACGCUUUCUAUACACAUCUGGCUGGCCACUAUGAGAACUGAAUCUGAUCCAGCAAGACCCUUAUUAUGUUCUUAUAUUUUAAAAUUUCUAACAGCAAUAGCUAUAUGAGUGUGAGAGAUGUGAGCAUAUAUAUCAAGAAGACUUGGAAGCACAGUUUUCUGUAUGCCUUCCCAGAAGUAAGCUCCAUUGAGUUCAGAGGAACUUACUCCCAGGUAAGUGUGUGCAGGGUUGCAGUAUUGUUCUCAAGUAACUGUGCAAAGGAUUGCAGCCCUAGGGUGACCAGGUGGGUGUAAGAACAGGUCUUAUGUGCUUUCAACAUCUAGGUAGAAGAGAAAAUUGCUGCAGAUACAGCUUCUUGUGCAGAUUUUUAAAAAGUUGCAUCAGUCAAAGUUCCCACUUCUGUACAAUUUCUCUUUGCAUCUGGUUGUGCUAACCACGCUCAUUCACCAAGGAGCUGUUCUUAUACUGAAUCCAACCACUGAUCCAGGAGAUAACGGCUGUCUACUGUGUCAAAUGCUUUUCCAUGCUGGCAUCUUCCUCAGCUCGGGGGAUCUUUAUGGGUACCAGUGAACAUACCACAGGUUCAGACUAGGACCUUUCAGAGUUGCUUAUGUUUAUUUAUAAAAUAAAUUUCUGUCCAGCUUUUCCUUUCCAAAAUAGGGGUACCCAAAAUGGCUUACUAGAUGCAGGACAUGACUUCUGCCACUGAGUCAGUAGAGGCCACUUCUAAAGCCCUGUUUUUGUUUAUUUAGAAACCUGCUUUAGAACAGCUUGCUAUAAUAGCUUAAAGGUAAAGGGACCCCUGACUGUUAGGUCCGGUCGCGGAUGACUCUGGGGUUGCAGCGCUCAUCUCGCUUUAUUGGCUGAGGGAGCUGGCGUACAGCUUCCAGUUCAUGUGGCCAGCAUGACUAAGCCGCUUCUGGCGAACCAGAGCAGCGCAUGGAAACGCCGUUUACCUUCCUGCCGGAGUGGUACCUAUUUAUCUACUUCACUUUGACGUGCUUUCGAACUGCUAGGUUGGCAGGAGCAGGGACCGAGCAACGGGAGCUCACCCCGUCGCGGAGAUUCGAACUGCCGACCUUCUGAUCGGCAAGUCCUAGGCUCUGUGGUUUAACCCACAGGUUGCUGCUAAAUGCUCUGCCACUUUACCUCUUUGCUUUGUUUUAAUGGCAACUCCAGGGCGUUUGCUAGCUAAUACCAACCUUUUCAGAAGGCCUCAAGUUUUUCACUUGCAUUAAGAUUACAGCAAAGUUGAUUUUUUAUUCCUAUGAUUCUGUAAGCUAGGAAUGACCAGAAAUAAAAGGGGAAUAAUGCUCAAGAGCGUGGGGAAUUAUAAAUGGGCAGAGUGCACCAUCUACUGGUACAAAGGAGAGACUCUCUUUUGUCAGUACAGUGAGAAAUAGCCCCAGAGGAGAAAAAUUGAAUCAGCUUGUUCCAUCUCUUAAUUGUGGAGCUCAACCCAAAAAAUUUUUGCUCAGGGAAAAAAUUGUGUUCACUGGAAAUUACGUCCCAGUAAGUAUUUGCAGGAGGGCAGUCAGUGUUGGACUGUGUUGCAGUUUCAGCAGCCUUAUUUUGGUUUUAGGUGCUGCGUUUAUAUCCUGCUCCCACAACCAGAGGGCUCCUACAGUGGAUUGCAAAUAAGCCACAACAAUAAAACAGAAAAGCAAAGAAACAUAAAGGGCUCAGGGGAAAUCUCAUGGCGCUCAUCCCUAACUUCAUGAGACAUAUGAGAAUAAUAUCAGCCAAUUUCACAGGGUUGUUAUAAGGAUUAGGGAGCAGUUCCUAUGCACAAGAAGCUGGUGUAAAGUCACACCAGAUCCAAACCCUGGUUAGCAGUGGGGCUGCUGCUCUGCCUAACCCUGGCAGAGGGAAAACAAGCCAUUAAAACUGGGUUCUAGGCAGGGUUGCCAGGUCACGUGACCGAGCUGAAUGCUCCCACCAUGCCCCUGGGAUGAGCAAGUUACACUGGUUUGUAUCUUCAGACUGAGGAUUUAAUGCCAUAUUGGGUGUUCUAUAAAGAGCUUUAUAGGUCAAAACCAGGAUUUGUUGCUGAUUGUUUUUGUUCCGUUCAAGGGAUUUAAAACCUGGUCCUUUCUUUCCCCCAGAUGGCAUCUUCUCCGUUGACCUUUUCAGCAUGGAAACAGACGGCAUCGGUCAACAGAGACUCAGUAAAGCAGAGAAGAAGCUGCGGCAAAAACAGAUGAAGGCCAGGCAUACCCUGCUAAGGCACGAGGGGAUUGAGUGCGUGUCGUACCCCACCAAGGUGAUUUGGGGGUUGAAGUUGCUCCUAGUUGAAUGUGAAUUGUGUUUACUAAGGUUUACUAAGAGAUCUGUCCCACUGAUCUUAAUGGGGCUCAUUGGCCAGGCUAGCUGUGGCUAAUGGGAUUUGGAGUUCAGCAACCUCUGGAGGGCAGCAGGUUGUAGAUGGGGAAGGCUGGUGUGGAACAGAUCACAUGGCAGAAAUCCAAGCUGUUGGUGAAAUGGACAACUACCCAUCCUGGAUUAAUACGUCUUGAGUAGUUUUUCCAUAAAUGAAAGCUGCUAUCAAUAAUUAUAUAUGGUGCAAAAUUCAGUGGCCAGGUUGCUCACCAGAACAAGAUGGUUUGAGCUUAUAAUGCCAAUCCUGACCCAACCCAACUGCACUGGCUGCUAAUUAUUUUCUGGGCCCAAUUCAAAGUGCUGGUGUUGACCUAUAAAGCCUUACACAGCUCAGGAUCUCAAUACCUUAAGGACCGCCUCUCCCCAUACGAACUGACCCAAACCCUGUGCUUGUCAUCUGAGGCCCAUCUCUAUGUCCCCCCGCCUUGAGAGGUUUGGAGGGUGGCAAAACAAGAGGGGGCCUUUUCUGUGGUGGCUCCCUGUCUGUGGAAUGCUCUCUCCAGUGAGGCUCGCCUAGCACUAUCAUUAAAUGUAUUUAGGCGCCAGGUGAAAAAACAUUCCUUUUUAGCCAGGUCUUUGACCAUUAAAUAAUCUAUGGCCUGUUAAAAGUGUGCGCAUGUGUGUGGAUGACUGUUACUAUGAUGGUUUUUAUGACUAUGCUGUCUAUUACCAUGCUUUGUUUUAUGUUUUUAUUAUUACACGCUGUAAAAUAGGUUUUUAAUGUUGUCCACCGCCCUGAGAUCUUUUUAUAAAGGGCAGUAUAUAAAUCAAAAUCAUAACAACAACAACAACAAAUUUCUAGCUAUUUCAAAUCUAAACAUUUCAUUUUGUUUUUCAAACAGAGCAAUUCUGGGAUAAGAGCCUAAUUUCCUCUUUUAUUUCUCCAAUGUGUUUAUGGAAUGUUGCUUUCAGAUGAAUAAUUUAGUGCUGAUUACUCAUGUCUGUGUCUCACUUGUCCUCCCCCCCCCUUCCACCGCCCUCCUCUUUAUCUCCUGAUAAUUAGAGCCUGGUGGUUGCCAACGGAGGUCUGGGCAAUGGUGUAAGCAGAUGCCAACUGCUCAGCGUGGUGCAGGAUUGUGGGCUGGUGAAAGCUCUUCUAAUGCCUCCCGGUAAACCAUAUUCGUUUGUGAAAUACGGAAGGACAGAAGACUCCAAAAAAGCCUAUGACUCCCUCAACGGGAAGGAGAUAACGGUGGAGGACUCUGGCCAAACUGUCGUUCUCUAUUUCAACUUUGUGGAAAAAGGUAUUGCUGCUGUAUUUAGCUGUAAUAAUAAUAAUAAUAAUAAUAAUAAUAAUUUAUUAUUUAUACCCCGCCCAUCUGGCUGAGUUUCCCCAGCCACUCUGGACGGCUCCCAAUCGAGUGUUAAAAACAGUAAAGCGUUAAAUAUUAAAAACUUCCCUAAACAUGGCUGCCUUCAGGUGUCUUUUAAAAAUAGGAUAGCUGCUUAUUUCCUUGACAUUUGAUCGGAGGGCAUUCCACAGGGCGGGUGCCGCUACCGAGAAGGCCCUCUGUCUGGUUCCCUGUAACCUCACUUCUCGCAGGGAGGGAACCACCAGAAGGCCCUCGGAGCUGGACCUCAGUGUCCGGCCUGAACGAGGGGGUGGAGAUGCUCCUUCAGGUAUACAGGAUGGAUGAAUGGAUAGAUAGAUAGAUAGAUAGAUAGAUAAUAGAUAGAUAGAUAGAUAGAUAGAUAGAUAGAUAGAUACAGGUUUAAUAAAUAAAUAGAGCCAGCCCACCCACCUAGGGCUCCCACUCUUAAAUGCAUCAUACUUCCAGGGGAGGCUGGUUCAUUAGGGCAAAUGGGGCACAGCCCCAUCAACCUCAGUCUGCCCUCAGCCAGCUGUCCCGUCCGUCCCUCCCCAUCUUUGCCUGCCUUCUUAAGCACAACCACUCUAAGGAGUUGCUUUGCCUGUCUGUUUCCUCCUCUUUGGUCUCAGUGUUGCCCUUGUAGAGAGAGCUCAGGAGGGAGGAGAAAGGCACUGCCUGUCAUUUUCUGCUGGUCUUCCCACCUUCUUCCUCACCUGUCAUCAUUGCAUACCUCUGUAAACCCUGGGGUUCAUCCGCACUGGCUGAUGCCUCCCUCUUGUGCGUGGGUGGUGCCGUUUUGGCUGCAUAAGCGAUGGUAUUGAAAUAAAUCGAGGGAAUGCCAUCUUAUUUUAAGAUCAGCUUUUAGGAAUAUAGCAAUGCAUCAGGUGAAAUGUGCGCAGGUACUUAUUAUUUCUGGAUUAUUAUUUGAAUUACUGAUCAACAUUAAAGGUAAAUGUAAAGUGACCCCAUACCAUUCGGUCCAGUCAUGACCGACUCUGGGAUUGCGGCGCUCAUCUCGCUUUACUGGCCGAGGGAGCCGGCGUACAGCUUCUGGGUCGUGUGGCUAGCAUGACUAACCUGCUUCUGGCGAAGCAGAGCAGCGCACGGAAACGCCGUUUACCUUCCCGCUGGAGCGGUACCUAUUUAUCUACUUGCACUUUGAUGUGCUUUCGAACUGCUAAGUUGGCAGGAGCAGGGACCGAGCAACGGGAGCUCACCCCGUUGCGGGGAUUCGAACCGCUGACCUUCUGAUCGGCAAGUCCUAGGCUCUGUGGUUUAACCCACAGCGCCACUCGCGUCCCACUGAUCAACAUUAGCUACUUACUAACAGCUGGAUAUUUACCAUUCCUCAUUGAUACAGAUUUUAAUACAUACUGAAGAUUUUCUUUUAAUUGUUUCCAUAAUCUCGUGGGCUAGCAUUCUUUUUGGACUUGAUUGCAAGGCUGACAAUCUGUGGCAGGCAGAUAGGGGAAAGGAGGCUUACUGGGAGGGUCAGGUGCACUGCUUAGGGGGUUUGGGGUCAUAGGCUGCAUGCAUUUAAAGCACCCCCCAAAGAAUAUGAGGAACUGUAGUUUGUGAAGGAUUCCCUGGUUUCUAUGGGGAGCAAAAUGUGCUCUAAACAUAUCUUCUUCUUCUUUGGCGAUCACUUGUAGCCGAGUAAGAUUGUCUUCCAUAAACAUGGUUUUAACAGUAAGUCCAUAGGUGACUGUGGAGGCCAAUUCUGCACCACAUGUCCUUCCACAGUGGGGACAUAGGUUUCCGGGCGGGAGUUGAUCAUGGUGAGGAUUUGCCAAGCGUGCCUUCCUCUUAGCGCGUUUCUCCUUUAUGUCUUGAGUUUGAGCGUCUUCAGAACCCAUGAUACCUUUGGUAAAGGCUGUUCUUCAAAUGGAGCGCUCGCAGGCCAGUGUUUCCCAGUUGUUGGUGUUUGUACUACUUUUUUUUUAUAGAUUUGCCUUGAGAGAGCCUUUGAACUUCUUUUUUUGUUGACCACCGGCAUUACGCUUACCAUUUUUAAGUUCGGAAUAGAGUACAGUGGUACCUCGGAAGUCGAACAGAAUCCAUUCCAGAAGUCUGUUCGACUUCCAAAACAUUCGGAAACCAAAGUGCAGCUUCUGAUUGGCUGCAGAAAGUUCCUGCAGCCAAUCGGAAGCCCCGUCAGACGUUCGGCUUCCAAAAAUAGUUCGCAAACUGGAACAGUCACUUCUGGGUUUGCAGCGUUCAGGAGCCUAAACGUUCAAGAACUAAGCUGUUUGAAAACCAAGGUACGACUGUAGUUGCUUUGGAAGAUGAUAAUCAGGCAUCCACACAACAUGACCAGUCCAGGGAACUCCCGCGGGGCUCUCAAGGCUUUCGGAUAUCUGCCCGAAGCCCGGGGCGCGCUUCUCGCUCUCUCUCUUCUCGCUCUCCAGGCUUCAGCGAAAGCCUGCAUUCGCUCCAUAGGACACACACACAUUUCCCCUUCAUUUUUGGAGGGGAAAAAGUGCGUCCUAUAGAGCGAAAAAUACAGUAAAUUUUGUGACUGAGCAACUGACCCUGUUCCCGCAGCAUUAAAUGGCUUUGAAACUCCCUUCAGCUGGGGAGGGGGCUGCUAAAAAUGUCUAACUCCCUUCCACGCACCUUUGGGCUCAAAGAUUUGUCCUUCUUUUGAUCCUGGACGUAGCAUUUAGACAUGUCUUCUUUCCCCGCUCUGUAUUCAUCGCCUGUUGGCCACAAACAAACUCUCAAUCCUCGUGAGAAGUCCUGGGAAGAGACAAUCGAAGGCAGCUGACAUCUCACCUGGAACAGCUGGGGGAAAUGGUGACCUUUUCCUUUGACAAAGCAGUCAGGCGUUUGAAUCUGAAAAGCAGCCGGGUUCUCUGGUCCUAAACAGAAGGGGGUUUGCGUGGCACAGUGUGGGGGGACCAAGCCUGUGGCGCAUGACUAGAAGGAUUACUGUCUCUGAUUAGGAUUGCCUUUGGCUUUAUCACUUAAUUCACUAAUGUGCUUUCCAUAAGAGGCUUUCCAAGAUCUUUCUAGUCAGGCAGGGGCUUGAGGUGAGCAGGUUUCCCCCUACAUCUACUUCUUACAGCACUUUUCUGUCAAUAUAUUAUAUGCAAUUCUCAACCAUGGUUUGCUAUUGCAAGAACAAGCCUAGUCUCUCUUCUGGGCUUGUGCUGCCCCUCUCACUGUUCCUGCUGCAAGGAUGAGAUUGGAAGCUUUACCCUUUACCUUAUAGAGGACACACUGGUUAGCAUGUUAUUCAGACCCUAAACUGUGGUUAAUCAUAAAUGUGCUUGGUGAAAGCAAGCCAGCUUUAUAAACUGUGGUUUGAAUUUGCCCUGUUUCCACUUACCAAAAUUAAGAUUAACCACAGUUUGUCUGAGUGAGGAUAAUAAGGCAAGCUUCAGUUAACUAAAAAUGGAAGUAAAGGCUUAUAAACUACACCUACUGGCUGCUUCAGAGGGGAACGAGGCAGCAUGCGAAUCUGGAGGGGUAGGAGUGGGUAGCUACGCUGUUUCUGGUAAUAGAAACGAUGGUUUAGUGUGGCAUCCAGCCAAGACUGCUUUGUCAUUUUUGAUGUUGCUACCUGCCCAGAGAGCAUUUAAAAAUUGGCAAAUUCGAACAUCUAGAUAAUUAGAGAACUUGUUUGUUUGAGAACUGUAUGUUUAUGCAGCUUGAAAGAACAGCAUGGGGAGUUCUUCAAAUUUUUUUGUACUCCUAGUUCCUUGGGAGGACAUGACACCUACAGCCUUGCCUCCUGGCCUGAAGAUAAUUGAGGAGCUGGUUUUGCCUGAGGAAGAAAAGGAACUUUUAGAAAGCAUUGAUUGGGCAGAGGAUGAAGUCACCUCAGCUGGUAAGUAAUGCUUCCUAAGAAUGGCUGUUAUUUUGGAAGACUCUGCCAAUCACAUAUUUGCUCACUCUUUGAGGGGAUUUUGUUAUUGUUGUUGUUAUGGUAAAUCGGGUUUGGCUCCCCAAUUUUGGGGAAUGAGGCCAGGGAUUUGGAGCAAGAGAAAUAACUUCCCUCAGAGCUAUUCCCAGGUACUCUGCUUACGCCAGAAGCACUGGUGCAAAUGGGGCCUGUUGUGGCAGGACUUUCCUGGCCUGAGGAAAUGCUGUUUCCCACAUGAGCUUCAGCCUUGGAAGUCCUAGUGGAUCCACAGGUUCCUCCUGUCCCCGUUGGAGCUAAGAUCGUGAAAGUAGGCUUGGCCCUUUUAAAUGAGGAGGCUCCUCUUGCUGAAGGCAGAAGUAGUUACUCAGAUAAAGCAGGUCCUCUUUGAGGCUGGCCGGUGAUGAGCCAACAUUUGAGGUUCUGCUGUAAUGGCAGUUCCAGCCUGAGUGCUGCAUAGAGCCAUCUUUCAGCAUUUGGAGUGAAAGCACUCUGCAGAAGCUGAAAAUAAGAAAGCUUUGUUUCCUUCUGCUGGUUCCCUCACUGUGCAAAGCAAAGUUACAGGGAACUAGGCAGAGGGCCUUCUUGGUAGUGGCAUCCUCCUUGUGGAACGUCCUCACUUCAGAUGUCAAGGAGAUAAAGAACUACACAACUUUUAGAAGACAUCUGAAGGCAGCCCUGUAUCAGGAAGUUUUUAAUCUUUGAUGUUUAUUAUGUUUCUAUAUUAUUAUUAUUUUGUUUUUUUUAAUAGAAGGGUGGCGCUGUGGGUUAAAUCACAGAGCCUAGGACUUGCCGAUCAGAAGGUCGGCAGUGCGAAUCCCCGCGACGGGGUGAGCUCCCGUUGCUCAGUCCCUGCUCUUGCCAACCUAGCAGUUCGAAAGCACGUCAAAGUGCAAGUAGAUAAAUAGGUACCGCUCCAGCGGGAAGGUAAAUGGCAUUUCAGUGCACUGCUCUGGUUCACCAGAAGCGGCUUAGUCAUGCUGGCCACAUGACCUGGAAGCUGUAUGCCGGCUCCGUCGGCCAAUAAAGCAAGAUGAGCGCCGCAACCCCAGAGUCGGCCACGACUGGACCUAAUGGUCAGGGGUCCUUUUACCUUUACCUAUGUUUUUAUAUAUGCUGUAAGCCGCCCAGAUGGGUGGGGUAUAAAUAAAAUAAUAAUAAUCAAUUAAUGGAAAUACUGUCUUGAUAGGAAAGAUUCUAAUUCUGUCCAACCAAGGUAAAGGUGUUUUGAGACAUGGUUGUUCUUAAUCCAUGGAAUUUUGACAGUUGUAGGUUCCCAUCUUGCUAACUUUUUAGUUGACAGGUUGGGAAUCCUCAUCAUUCCUAGCCAGGAUGGCCAGUUACCAGAUAUAAUGGGGAUAUAGCCGAACAGCAUCAGAGUGUCAAAUGCUUCCUUUUCCUGCUGUCAUGGUUUUGGACUGAACAGUGCUGAAAUUUGGGCUGGACAAUGAAUUAUUUGCCUAAAUACUUGAAAGUGCUGUGAGACAGGAACUGUGAAAAUAAAGAUGAUUAAUUGUUUUAAGGAUUUGCGUCAUUCCAUUCCAAGAAAAUUCUGCUUGAGGUGUCUUACAGCAAAAGAUAAACAUGCGUAUUAAUCUUAUCUGCGUUAGCUUCCUUAGUUAUGGGCGGGGAACUUGAGUUUCCGUGGUGCAAAAUCUGGAAUCGUUUUGGCAAAGCAUUUCAACCUUGGUGGUUCUGAUCAGUUUAGUUGCUCGCUCAUGGUACUGGUUUAUAACAGGCACCCUUGCCAUCAUCUACAUAGACAACAGUGACUUAAGAGCUGGUUUGGAGGUUUAACUGCACUACAGUAGACAACAGAUGUGAAGUUCACUGGUGCCACCUGCAACCUUUUUGGUAAAGCAAUGUGCAGAUCUCUGGCACACACCUGAGACCAGACACACAGGCAUGAAUUUGACCAAGUGACUCACUCUGUGCAGUCUUUCAUCUGAAAGCGAAUCUUUCAUCUGUUGUUUAUGUAUUCAUUGCAGCAAUUGCAGCAUCCAAGUUGUCUCGAAGGCUGCGAUUUAUUUCCAGUGCCUGUUUAUGUUAUUUAACCGUAGUAAGAACAAAAACCAUAGUAAGAACAAAAAAGUCUUCUGUGGGAAGGAGUCUAUCUAUCUAGCUAUCUAUCUACCGUAUUUUUCGCCCUAUAGGACGCACUUUUUCCCCUCCAAAAAUGAAGGGGAAAUCUGGGUGCGUCCUAUGGGGCGAAUGCAGGCUUUCGCUGAAGCUUGGAGAGCGAGAGGGGUUGGUGUGCACCGACCCCUCUCGCUCUCCAGGCUUCAGGAAGACAUCGGCAGCCUAGGCAGCCCUGCGGGAGUUCCCGCAGGGCUGUCUAGGCUGCAGAUAGCAGCCUGCUUCCCGGAGCGCCGGGCGCACUGAAAGCAGAGCGCCCGGCGCUUCGGGAACACAACCGCAGCGUGGGGAGCCCUGCAGGAGUUCCCCGCAGGGCUCCCCACGCUGCGGAUAGCAGCCUGCCACCCGGCGGGCAGUGCGCGCUGAAGCAGAGCGCCCCGCGUGCCGGGCAGACAUCGGCCAGCCCCACAAGCUCGGGGGACAGCAGGGAGGCGCAGCGCCACCAUCCCGCUGUUCCUCGACCUGGUUCGGUUUCCCCGACCUGGUUUUGGGGGGGAAAUAAAGGAAAAAAAUUUUCCCUUUAUUUCCCCCCCAAAAAACUAGGUGCGUCCUAUGGGAUGAAAAAUACGGUAUAUAUAAAAUGUCUUGUUUGGAUUGUUGUAAAAUGUGUGAUUCCUGUGUAUAGUUUGUUGCUUCUUCCGCUUGUAAACUGCCUAGAAAGGCUGUGUGCAAAUUAAAAGUGAAAUGAAAUGAAAAUGACUUCAGUUGAAAAACAGGAUUACUCAAUAAAGUACAGUAGCACCUCGGCUUACAUAGCCCUCUGGUUAUGUAAACUUCAUGUUAUGAAAGCAGCAAACCCGGAAGUAUUGGACCGGGUUUCUCCACACGCGCAUGCUCAGAAGCGGUCUACCGCCACGCACGCAUGCUCAGAACAGUGAUCCUUGGGUUGUGGAAACCUUGGGAUCCGGCCGGACCUCCGGAACGGAUCCUGUUCGCAACUGGAGGUACCACUGUACUUCACAAGCAUUAUCUAGUAAUUUGUACAACAGCCCUAUAAAGUAGGCAAGUAUUAUUAUCCCCUGAUCUUGAAGGUGGAGAGAAGGUGGAUCUUGAGGCUGAGAGAAAAUGUGGAUCAUCAGAGACCGCAGAGUGAGUUGAGGGCACAGAGAACUUUCAAACUCAGAACUUCCUGAAUUCUGGCUUGGUCCUUAAGCCACUAUGCAACAGCAGCUCAAUAUAUAUAUUGUGGUUAUUUAAUUUUUUCUCCCCUUCCAAACACGGUUCUGUUUUUCUUCCUUUCCAUUUUCACAGCUCAGAAGUCUCUGAAACACAGGAGGGUAAAACAUUUUGGAUACGAGUUUCGAUAUGAUAACAACAAUGUUGAUAGAGACAGCCCGUUACCUGGAGGUGAGCAUCCCGAUGGAAUGCCUGUUAUGUGUGUCUUCCGUUGAAUAAUCAAUACAGCUUUCUUCACUGAUUAGUAGUGGUUGCAAUUCUGUAUAUGCUUACUAUGGAGUAACUGUUGUUGAAAUCUGUGAAACUUGCUUCCAAGUAUACAAGAAAAAUGGGCUUGCAGUGCAAGGCUUCCAUUCACCUAAGUUGUAAUCUUAAACAUGUGGUUGACUCCCAGGUAAGUGGGUCUUAAAGGACUUUCCUUUAAUCAAUUUCCUUUUAAUGUGUUUAAGGAAGAGUCCAGAAAAUGCUUGACAAUGAGUGGCUUUGAAAAUCUGACAUGCGUAUGAGAUGUACAAAACCUGAAGAAGGUAGCAGGAGUUUUGGAAGACCAAAACAUUUUGGAAGAUCCAACAUUACAGCUUAGUACAUUGCAGCCUGGGAACAGCUUCAACUGGCUGCCUAACCAGAUGAGGGUAGCCGAUGUGUCUCAAAUCCUCAGUGAGUUAGGGACUUCCCCUGCAUGCGAAGACAAGAUUGAGCGGAUGAGACCAAUGGUGGGUCCAGGGGUCAAGAAAGUGGUUUCUGCAUGUGCUGUAGAGGGAAGUGAGGGGCUGAUGGGGCUCAUCAACCUGGGAUGGUAGCCCAUCUAGGAAAGAGAAAAGUCUGAUCCUAAACCACCACUGCCUUGCGAGAUAUCUUCAGGAGAAGAAAGGGCUUAGGAGUAAAACCUACACUAUCCAGAGUGGAGUGAGAGCUGGACCAUAAAGAAGGCUGUUCGCCGAAGAAUCAAUGCUUUUGAAUUAUGGUGCUGGAGGAGACUCUUGAGAGUCCCAUGGACUGCAAGAAGAUCAAACCUAUCCAUUCUUAAGGAAAUCAGCCCUGAGUGCUCACUGGAAGGACAGAUCGUGAAGCUGAGGCUCCAAUACUUUGGCCACCUCAUGAGAAGAAGACUCCCUGGAAAAGACCCUGAUGUUGGGAAAGAUGGAGGGCACAAGGAGAAGGGGACGACAGAGGACGAGAUGGUUGGACAGUGUUCUCGAAGCUACCAGCAUGAAUUUGUCCAAACUGUGGGAGGCAGCAGAUGACAGGAGUGCCUGGUGUGCUCUGGUCCAUGGGGUCACGAAGAGUCGGACACGACUAAACCACAACAACAUCCAGAGUGGAGUCCUUAAGGCGGUUGGAUGGCACCUUGCCUGCCUCCAUCUGACAACUCCUGCAGCCAAGCUGGUGCCUAACGCAUUGCUCUGAUUUCCUUUGGACCACAACAGUGAGGCUGAGAGUGGGGUCUUGUUGUAUGGGCAGCCCAGGACCUCCAUGCACACUGCCCACGCUUGCGCCCCAGAGAGGUCACUUUGGUGCUGCUAAUGCAGUAGUGUAACUUCACCCUCAGAGGCGCACUCCAUUCCGUCUUGAGGCAGACGGAUGCGAACAAUUGUGGGAGGAUGGAGUUGUAAGCAACUCCUAAGCACUUUCCCCCUCACAUUCUAUUAGGAGACAAAUUUUGCUCACAGCAAGAAGUAGCCGUGCGAAGCCUGAUCGUCUGCACAUUAAGACAGUAUACAUUACAGUUCGCUUCAUCCCUUUCCCUGCGCAUCAGAAUUAGCUCACUCCAAGCGAGAGGCACAGUAGGAUAAUUUCAAAUUCAUUAAUUUGGCAAAUAAAUUCAAAGUUGCCUUCUCCAACGGGCACGCCAGUAAGCAAACUCGUGCUGUGAUCCAGGGAACACCGCCCCCCUCCCACCCCAACUCACGCUUAUAAAGAUGCCGAGACCAUUUAGUUGCAAUUAGCCUGUUUCUAAUUGCUUUAUGCUACUAGCGCAUUUAAGAAACAUGAAAACAGUCCCUGUGAAAAUCCCAAGCUGCUUUCUUUUACAAUAGCAUCGAGUGUAAUGUUUUCAGCUAUGGAGCAGAAAUGUGCAAGGUGAAUAGCCAUGACUACAUUUGUUUCAUUAUUACAUUUAUACCCUACUUUUCCUCCAUGGAACUCAAAGCCACAGGCUUGUCAUUCUCCCGCCUCCUCUUAACAUCACAACAGCCCAGUGAGGUAGAAUUAGGCUGACAAAUCGUGACAUGCUUAAGGUCACUCAGCAAGCUUCAUAGUUGUGCAGAUUUAAACCUCUGUAGUCCUUAUCCAACGUUCUAGCUACAACACCAUAAUGGCAAAAAACCCCAACACAACCCCAUAUAAAUGUAACUGACAUGUUUUCCUUUUGUGGUGUAUUCUGUAUGAAGAAUUUAAGGGUUGAAACUUUGCAGCUUUCCUAAUUGUAUGCUUUAUUUGUUUUCUGAUGUGGGAAUGUUUUGUUGUGGACGAGGGAAGAGAGAGAAAACCUUCUGCUUUCAUAUUUUCUCACCGCCUCAGGUCUCCCAGAUAUCUGUAACAAGCUUCUUGCGAAAUGGUUGAAGAUGGGGCACAUUAAGGAGAAACCUGAUCAACUGACUAUAAAUCAGUAUGAACCUGGACAGGGUACGUACACGUGUUGCACCAACAUCUUUAACCUGACACAAACACCCCUUAAUCAAAAUGCCUUGGUAAAUGCAGAAGUAUUAUUGGACAUAUGGGAGGUGUCCGUUCCUUGGGUAUAUGGGGCAAGCCCACCAAGGUCUCCAGUUGAUACCCAGUUGAAACUGAAGACAGCAGUCCUACAUCUUGUUAGGAACAUUGAAAGCUGUCUUAUAUUAUCAAGUCCCUUGGUUCAUUUGGCUGGGCAUCGUUGACAUUGAUUGGUAUCAGCUUUUCAGAGUUUUAGGCAGGAGUCUUUUCCCAGCCCUUCUUAAAGAUGGGGGAAGAAAUUGAUCUUUGUGUGUGUUUUGUUUAGGCAAACUUAUCUAGACAUGUUACUGUUGGUGCAAAUAAAAAUAUAUACAGUGGUACCUCGGGUUACAGAUGCUUCAGGUUACAGACUCCGCUAACCCAGAAAUAGUACCUCGGGUUAAGAACUUCGCUUCUGGAUGAGAACAGAAAUUGUGCUCCGGCGGCGUAGCAGCAGCGGGAGACCCCAUUGGCUAAAGUGGUACCUCAGGUUAAGAACAGUUUCAGGUUAAGAACGGACUUCCAGAAUGAAUUAAGCUCUUAACCUGAGGUACCACUGUAAAGGCAAAUUCCUGGAUGUUAACAUCCAAGUUUAGAGCAAGUACUCUUUGUUGAGAGAACCCUGGCAGAGAUUUAAAGUCACAAUCUAUGCAGCAAAGUAAAGCAUGGAAAUGUAGGCUGUUUGACCUUUAAAAUAUGCUCUUCCAAGUGAGUGCUAAAUUUUCCCUGUUCCCCCAGCACAGGAAAAGACCACACAUUUGGUAAGUUAAAAAUUGGUGUACUUACAAACUCUGCAAAGGUCAGGUUUAUGUGCUUUCCCGUUCAUCAGCCAGAAAAGUUGUGCAGGUAGUAAAAUUUAGCUGAGUUACAAAGUGGUAAAAGUUCGUGGAUUAUUGGUAUAGGAACUCAAGAAUGGCUGGUGAGAGCCAUGCGGUUGAGCUGGAGCAACCAGUUUAAAGCUCUUCACACACACUGAGCAUCUCAGGUAGACUGGGUACAACAAUGGACUUGAUUGCCUAUUUCCUCCCAAGGUGAGAGGAAGUGACAUAGCUACGCCCAGCAGGACAGCUUACUCUCUGGCGUUAACCCCUUCAUGCAUUAAUUGAACUUGAGCAUGUUGGUUAUAUAAAGCUGGUUAUCUUAGUUACAUGUGAGUGAUCUCUUUUUUAGCUACUGUAGAUUGUAAUAAUCUUUCCAAUCCCCCUCCCCAUUUUUAUCAAUAUUUUAAAUGUAUUAUUAUAUAUUUUUGUAAACCGCUUAGAGGUUCUCUUAUAAUCAAGCGGUAUAUGAAUUUUGAGAGAUAUAUGUAAGGGAUUGAACCUGGGACCUUUUGUAUCCAAAACGUGUACUUUACCGCUGAGCAAGACCCCUCUCUCCUAAAACACCUAGUGAUGCAAAACACAUGACAUGAUAGCAUCAUGCAGUGACUUGCCCUGCUCCCUACAAACUUAAGCUUAUAGUGGAGGAACGCAUGGCUACAAGUUUCAUCAUCAUCAUCCUUUUUAUUCGACCGUCAGUCAGAAAAAAGUACAUUUUGUCAAUACACAGUUAAAAACAUCCAGGAAGAUUUUAAAACUUAGUCAACACUAAAAUGGGCUAAACAGAUAGCCCCAUAUCAAUACAGUCAAUUAUAGUCUUGCGACGCUUAAAAGCUAAGAAGAGAAAUUUGGCCACCAAGGAAGGUAUAGCUCUAGUGGCGUUAUUCAGCAAGUGUAAAACCUGGUUUUCUCCGGGUAGGAAGCUGAAUUGACAUAAGAGUGGGUCUAAAAAAUUUUGUCUAAGCUCUGCAUAAGAAGGGCAAGUCAAGAGAAUGUGUUUGGUGGACUCAACCACACCCAUGGCACAAUGACAGGUUCUCUGGGCGUAUGGUACUCCCCUGUACCUUCCCCACAAUAUCGCAGAGUCAAGGGCAUUUAAUCUAGCCGCUGUAAGAAGUCUACGGUAUUCCACAUAGUGGAUUUCUGCAAGGUAGGGGGCUGGUAUGGUCCGAUAAAUUUGGUCCCCUAGGAACAUCCCUGGUUUUACCUGGGCUAUGUCCUCUUGUAGCAUGGCUACAAGGCAUCAUAGACUACAUUUUGCAUCCCUUAGAUGGGGAAAUAGUAAGGGGAGUGACAGUGGUGCUGUGUUUGGUACCAAAUUUGCAUUUGCCAUAAAUUCUGGUCCUAGCCUAAGGCAUCCAUAGCACUUGUAACAAGAUUUCUUUUUUCUUUGGCUUUUGUUGUUGUUAAAUUUGAUUUAUUACAUGUCAUAAACUGGGCUGGACGGCUAGGAGUUAUAGUCCAAAACUUCUGAAGGACGCUAGGUGGAUUGAGACUGCUGUAGAGAAUGAGGGAAGCUUCUUGGCCUACCAGUGUACAAGAGUAAGACUGAUGGUGAGGAAAAGUUGAAAAAUAGAUUCUCACAUGUACUGAACCACGGCUUUGUUUUAUGUUGCAGGAAUCCCUCCUCACAUAGAUACGCAUUCUGCUUUUGAGGAUGAAAUCAUAGCUCUAAGUUUAGGAGCUGAGGUAAUUUGUAUAUCUUUUUCUGAGUUUUUUGAGUAGAGGCAAGUUGGGUUCCUCCCAGCCAUUAGGGAGAAUGAGGGGACUUUCUCAGGCAGCAGAUGCUGAGGGAUGGGGAGAUGAAAAAAGUGUGUGUUUACUGUAGUUUUGCACCACAUCUGAACUGAGCCCAGUAUGCAGUCUCCUUUGACAAUACUGCCAACCUUCCUUGUAGUGCACUCAUGCCUUAACUUGCUUGGGGUGAGGAACUAAGCUCUGUGUCCUAUCCAAGUUUUCAGUGUUGAUUUCAGAACAACAAAAGUAUUUCUAUGUUCUGAGCGCUUGUAAUUUCAUGUUAUGGGGGAGGGGGAGACCCUCCUGGUCUUAAAAAUAAGUUGCCUAGAAGACUGAGACAGACUUGGCCGUCUCUUUUCUUCACCCUGAAGCUAUUUAGCUACACCUGUUGAAUUUUUAAAAAAUAUGAGGUGAGGAUUUCUUAGAAGCAGCUGUGCCGCCGGUGGAAUUCUUGCAGGGAGCUUUGCCUGAAAAUCCUUUGUGAAUAAAAAAUAAUAAUAUUUAAUCCCUCUGUUUCAUAGGUUAUUUUUGAGAUGUACUGGCCUUGAAGUACUUUUGUCUGUCUUGGUCCAUCCUGAUCCAGGAACUAAUGGAUGCUUCUUAUCUUCCAUUGUCAGCUAUGAAAGCUGACAUUGGUGUACAGAAGCCUUUUCUUAAGAAGAGACAACAAAAGCAGAGGCAGGGGGUUGAGCAGGAAGGACAUCUGUGCGUUUCCCAGAUUGUGUUGUUCAUAUGCUGCAGCUACGCUUUUUAAAGCAGAGUGCUCUAAAUGAAGUGGGUCUGUCGGCUGAUUGCGUUUUGCUGAAACCUUUAACAGGGGCUUCAAAACAUGGGAAGCAGCGACUCUUCGUUCAUCUAGCCCAUUUAUUAUCUACACUGAUCCUUGUCUGCACUCUACAAUACAUUUAAAGCAGUAUCAUCCCGUUUUAAAAAGUCAUGGAUUCUAUCAAAAGAAUCCUGGGAUGUGUAGUUUGUUAAGGGUGCUGAGAGUUGUUGGGAGGCUCCUAAUAAUAAUAAUAAUAAUAAUAAUAAUAAAUUAUUUGUACCCUGCCCAUCUGACUGGGUUUCCCCAGCCACUCUGGGCGGCUUCCAACAAAGAUUAAAAAUACAUUAAAAUGUCACACAUUAAAAACUUCCCUAAACAGGGCUGCUUUCAGAUGUCUUCUAGAUGUCAGGUAGUUGUUUAUCUCUUUGACAUCUGAUGGAAGGGCGUUCCACAGGGCGGGCGCCACUACCGAGCUUUGCUUCUCUCAGUGAGGGAACCUAGAGCCUUCACUGAGCUAGAAUUCCCAGAAUUCUCUGGGAAGAGGGAUUGAUUGUUAAAACACACUCGGAAUUGUAGCUCCUCACAACUUUCAAGACCCUCAGUAAACUCAAAUUCCCAGGGUUCUUUGGGGGGGGGUAGCCAUGAUUCCUUAAAGGGGUUAUGAUACAGCUUUAGAGAUAUAUUGCAGAUGAGGCCUAGGUUCUCAGGCAGAGGCCUUUGCCAUCACCUGACCCUUUCUUAACUGAAGAUGCCAGGGAUUAAGCCUGAUGCACAUGCACAGUUUGAGACUGCUUGGGAAACAUCCGGGAGAGGAUGAGCAUUAGAGAGGGUGGAAGGCAGAGGCCUUCAGUCCUGGCAACUGCUUUAUAGGGCCAAGGCCUGCUGGGAAGUGUUGCUGAGUUGCAUGCUGUUUCCUUGAAUACAGAGUCAACUUCACUGACAACCGAGCUCUGUGUCUUUCAUGUUGACCCGUGUCUGACUCCAAGCCCUGACAGGAGUGUUUUCUGCCUGAAACCCCAGAAAGUGGCUUCUAGUCAGUGUAGACAAUGCCAGUGGUCAGACUUUCUAUGUUCCUAUAACUGCUUGCAGACUUAUUUAACAGUAGUUUUGAUCACUUAAGAAAGGCAAAAGUUGGGAGUUGGGCUCUGUAAACAGGGCUUGAUGGGGGCGGUCUGCUUCUUCUGCCCAGUUCACAUAGCAAGAAUUUGGGGAAGUGGCAGAGACACAGGCCAGCUGCUAAACUGAGGACGGCAGGACAGGUCUUUGUUUCACUGCUGAGAUACCCUUGUAAGUUCCACCCAAACGCAGCCAUGUGUCCUGCAGUCAAGUAUAAACAGAAUUCAUGGUUGGUUUUUUUUUUUUUUUUUAAGAGAGAGCCAGCAUCCACAUUCUUUGCCUGGAAAAGUACCCAUGAGAGAUGAAUCUCGUCAACAAAAUGCCCUAAAGCUCCUGCUCCGUCCAGGUCUUUGAUGCCAUUUUGUAACAGAAUAUUAAUUCCCUGCUUUGGUGAAGGCAGCUGCAACAGCCCAGUCAUUGCCUGAUGGAUCAGUUCCUGCUGUGGCAGCCUUUGCCUCUGGCAACAUCCAUGUUCCUGGCGAUUCUGUAAUAUGUUUUGUACAUUGGUGCAUUCCUUGUAAAACAUCCGGCAUAGAGUGCUGUGUGAUUGUAAAGGUCUUUACAGAUUAAAAAGCUGUGUAACUGGUGAUUAGUAGAAGCCGGAGUAGCAAAUGAAGUAGUGAGCUGGUGAGGGUUGUGUGUGUUUACAUCUUGGUCUCCUAGGUGCCAGAGGUGGAGUUGGUGCUGGCUUGGCAGCAGAUUUGCUCCAGCCGCCUUCCCUGAAGAAGGAGGUCCCUGUGCGAUGGGGCAGGGGCCAGAGGAGAAUCUGAGGCAGGGGGGCAUACUUGGAAGGGAGGUAAUGGGAGGCAGUCCUGAGAGUUUGCCUGAGCCUCCUUUGGAGGGUAGAAUUCCACCCCCCUAAACUGCUGCAGUCCUCCCUGGGAUCAGACAUUUCUAAGAAUUUGUAAUCUGUAACCUCUACCAUGGUGGGUCCUCCAGGUCUAACUCCCUGAUCUCCUUCUCCUCCGAGUCUGGCCACUCACAUGACGUUUCAGUGGGAACUCAUGACAAUCGCCUUCAUUUGGGGUUCCCUUACUUCCUGUUUCCAUAAUAGGAUUCAUCGUAUUCAUGAAAUUUGUCCUGUGUAUAUCAAAAUUACACCGUUUGCUGAUACCACUCUCUUGUACAUGGGUGGUUCCAGGGAGCAGGUGGCACUGUGGUCUAAACCACUGAGCCUCUUGGGCUUGCUGAUCAGAAGGUCGGCAGUUCGAAUCCGUGCGACGGGGUGAGCUCCCGUUGCUCUGUCCCAGCUCCUGCCAGCCUAGCAGUUUGAAAGCAUACCAGUGCAAGUAGAUAAAUAGGUACUGCUGCGGCGGAAAGGUAAAAGGCGUUUCCAUGCACUCUGGUUUCUGUCACGGUGUCCCAUUGCACCAGGAGUGGUUUAGUCAUGACCCGGAAAGCUGUCUGCGGACAAAAGCCAGCUCCCUCGGGCUGAAAGCAAGAUGAGCGUCACACCCCAUAGCCACCUUUGACUGGACUUAACUGUCCAGGGGUCCUUUACCUUUUUUAUUUUUAUUUUUACAUGGGUGGUUCUGUUUUGGCUGCAUAAGCAACAAACCUAAAUAUUUGAAGAAGAGGAAAUGAGAUAACAGUAAUUAUUAUUAAUCGGAACGUCACCGAACAAUUGGAUACAUCCUUUGAUUCAUAUUGUGAUGUGCACAUCCCCACCUGAAAUUAUGUGUGACUGUAAGUCAACUGUAAGCAGAUACUCUGUAGGAAACCAUCUUAGCCCAUCCUUUAAAAUAUAUUUGCUCUGCUUAAAAAAAUGAUAAUCCCAGGCCUUCUUCAUUUUGCAAGUAAUUUAUUACCCUUUUUAAAAUCCUUCUGUUGCAUCUUGCAUUGAAUUUGCAUUCAUAAUUAAGAAAAUCACGUAAUAAAAACUGGGGAAUGGAUCGUAUUUCCCAAAAGGUUAAAAAAAACACCAUGUACAUAAUGUCUAAAAUUCCACUUGAUUUUUCUGCAGUUCAGGUUUUUAACCAGACCUCCAACCAUGAAGGCAAAUGAGCACUUUGAAAGUUUAUUGCGGUUUAUCGCAUUACUGUGAAGUGGAGAAGUGCAAUUAUUCUCCUGUCACAGACAGAAAACACCGUGGCUAAACACCUUUCGAGAACUCUGUAGAAAGGUAGGGUAUUAUAGCUAGGGUUGUGUAGGUGGUGAUUAUGAUACAACCAGAAAACAUAAUAAAAAGGGAGAAUGCAGCAUUAAAGAAAAAUCCGCUUUAAACCAGUGGUUUUAAAGCUUCCUUUCUCAAAGAAAACCUUUGCACAUUGAUUUAUCUGCUGAGGAAUCUGUUUGCCUGUGGGUGUUUGUGUAAGAACCUUCCUAGGGCUUGUCCAAGGGGUGUAGAGUUCAGGGGGCUACUUACACAUCACACACACACGAAAUGCACCAGCAAAAACAGGUCAAAAUAUAUGGCAAAUAUUAGCAUAUAAUUUGCAUAUGCAACUUUAUGUGUAUAGUUGCGAGUUCAGAAAUAAUUUCUAGAGUUUAAAUAGAAAUGCAGUACAUUUCAUCAUAGUGGGAAAGACUGUGACCAGGAAACCUGCGGUCCUGAUGCUUGAUGGGAAUUUCCAAGACCUCUGUUUUCCUUUGUUAUGGUUCUUUAUCCCUGUACUGGACUUGGACCAGCCAACCCUUCAGAUAAGAGAACUGUCCUCUAUAAAGUAGGAUACAUGACCACUCUGGGCACAGUCCAUUUAAAUGGGGUGCUGGCCAGGCCUGUUCAGGUUGAUCACUGCUCUGUGAUCAACCAGACUAUGCUGGCUCUAGGAUUUUGGGAACCCUCAGCCAAGAUACGCUUGGUCUAUCCCCUUACCUGAGACAGGUGUGGCAUGCAACCUGAGAUUUCUCUCAGGCUGCCUUCGAUGUUCUUGGUGCUCCAGGAAAAGGAACAAUGGUGGAACUACAGUGGUACCUUGGGUUACAUACGCUUCAGGUACAUACACUUCAGGUUACAGACUCCGCUAACCCAGAAAUAGUGCUUCAGGUUAAGAACUUUGCUUCAGGAUGAGAACAGAAAUCAUGCUCCGGGGGCCCAGCAGCAGCGGGAGACCCCAUUAGCUAAAGUGGUGCUUCAGGUUAAGAACAGUUUCAGGUUAAGUACGGACCUCCGGAACGAAUUAAGUACUUAACCCAAGGUACCAUUGUAUUUGAUCAGGGGGGCAUUUUUCAGUCUUGGGUAAUGACUAAAAUAGUGAGAUUUCUGGUCACAGAAUGCAGGUAUCUUUAAGUUCCAAAUUCAGAUUACUACCUAGAAAUACUCAAAUGAUUGUAGCUAUUCCCCUGUGGAGCUAACACAAUAAGUUGGUCAUGAUAAAUACAAUUGUGAUCCUCAUUUUCUUUCUGCACAUCAGAGACUUGGGAUUCCCCUGCUCCCAGGACGCUAUAGUAAUUUCUUUGCCUAGGAUAGCUCAGUUGGUAGAGCAUGAGAUGCUUAAUUUCAGGGUUGUGAGUUUGAGCCCCACAUUGGGCAUUGCCAGGGGUUAGGCUAGAUGGCCCUUGUAGUCCCUUCCAACUCUACAUUUCUAUGAUUCUACUGUCAAAUUGUUCUGUCUUAAAGGUAAAGGGACCCCUGACCAUUAGGUCCAGUUGUGACUGACUCUGGGGUUGUGGCGCUCAUCUCGCUUUAUUGACCAAGGGAGCUUCCGGGUCAUGUGGCCAGCAUGAAUAAGCCGCUUCUGGUGAACCAGAGCAGCGCACAGAAAGGCCGUUUACCUUCCCGCUGGAGCGGUACCUAUUUAUCUACUUGCACUUUGACACGCUUUCGAACUGCUAGGUUGGCAGGAGCAGGGACUGAGCAAUGGGAGCUCACCCCGUCACGAGGAUUCGAACCGCCGACCUUCUGAUCGGCAAGUCCUAGGCUCUGUGGUUUAACCCACAGCGCCACCCACGUCCCUUGUCCUGUCUUACUGUCGGUUAAAUAAGCAGCAGCCUCCUGAUUUAUGUGUUCCUGAUAAAACAAAUGCUUGUGUUGCAGCUCACAAGCAAUUGCGUACGUGCUGCUUCCCCCAGGGAAAUAAACUAUUUGCUUGGAAAAUGCAAAGAGGCAGACCUGCAAAAUGGCCCUUUCUUAAGCUGCCUGGUUAGGUGUGACUGCUGUAUUCAUGGCUUCCGGAUGGUGUCUCUAGAGAUGCACAAACUGCCUGCAUGCCUGCUUUGUUGUGGGAGCAUUGCUUCAACUCAGGCUCAGCUUCUGUCAAGCUCUAAACAGAUUUCAGUGACGUGAGCCUACGGAAAAAGUCGGGGUCCCAUUUUGCAAACUGCCAAAGUAGAUGUGACAGAUGAAGCUACGUUUUGUAGAGCUAAGCAUCCUUAGGGACGAGGCUCUAAUUUUUUGUUUGUAAAAAGGUGUUUUCGAGAGGAAUUGAACCCUGAUCCCUCCUUGCCUUUCAUUCUCCACUCUGCACCAUCACAGGUACUCCCACCCCCAAACCCUUCUUGCAACCAAGCAAAAUCCCCUUCCCAGACAGGAUCGCCCUAGAUAAGUAUCUGCCUUGUAUGCACAGCCACUAGAUCACUGAAGAGCAUGGGAAGCUGUCUCACAGCAGGCCAAACCGUUUGUCUGUCUAGCCUAGUUUUGUCUGUUCUUGCAAGAAGUGCCUCUCCAGGGUCCAUGGCAGAGAAAGGUCUUUUUCAUCCUCUGUUCCCUGCUUGAGACAAAAGCUUCCAACUUUGUGAUUUUGUAAUUCUGUACCAGUCUAUCCCAGGGGGCUUCUCAAGGCUCCUUACAGGGCUUUUCAGCAACUAGUUUCCACUGAUGCAAAAGGCUCAGCGAGUGGCGAAUGUGGCCUCACAAUGAGAGCACACUUCAGCCCAGCAUGUGGGUCCCUGUAUUCUCUCUCCCCUUUUUAAAAAUAAAAAUUAGACAGGCUAUUCUGUUAAGACACUUGCCCUAGUUUAUUUCUUUUGUCUCUGGCUUCUUUAUAUUCCCACAUUUUUCUCAAAGACUCAUCCUGCAAAUCUUGCAUACUGCUGUUGGUUCUUCCGUAUAUAUAUACACACACACACACAUAUAUAUAUAUAUACUGUAUAUAUUUAUAUAUGUAUGUAUAUGUAUGUAUGUAUUGCAAGGCUUCUGGAAAGGUAUGGUUUCAGCUUUCAUUCUGAUUCUUCAAAAGGAACCCCACACUGUAAAAUUCCUCAGCUCAUCAGCCUCACACACAAAAACAUACCUGCCUCCAUCUUCCUAUGGCGAUGCCUAUUUCUAAGUGAGCUUCUCUCUUAAAGCCAAAGCUAAAACUACAGGCAGCCAGUGAGAAGGGUGGCACAGACUAGUAUCUGUGUAAUGAAAGAGUUGGGUAUCUUCACCCAAAGAGACAAAAAUAUAAUGUGUCUAUUUAUAUAUUUCAUAAAAUGUUGAUUGUAAAAACCCCCUCAAAGAACCAUUGUUUUUAAAGCAGUUUUGAAGGGCUCUGCUUUGAUGGAUACCUGCAUGUUCAAUGAGACACAGAUACUUGUUCUUUGUAGGAAGCAUACAAAGAACCAACUGAGGUCUCUUUGUCCUCCCAUAAAAUAAUUGAGGGGGCCACCCCCGUCCCCUGUUAAUGGACAUUGUCAUUCAAAUGAUGUGAGGGUGCCGCAUCAUGUGACCAAUUAUGCAGGGUGAGGCUUAUCUGUCGUCCCCCCCCCCAAUAUUUUAUUCAAGUUGGCCCUCUGGUAGAAGGAUUCUCAUUGGGUGUUUUGUACUAUUAUUUUUAAAAAUCCUGAAAAUUGCAGAGUGACUUUUUUUAAAAUGCAAAGUUGCAGAAUUACAUUUCUGUUGACUUUGCCACAUCAUUUUUCAUUUUUUGCCGCAGGGUAAUCACAGCCACAGCAAAAUCCAGAAAAUGCUACUUCUGCUUAAAUUGUGUCUCCAUGGGGGAAUCACUGUCCAUCUUUCAAACGCCUUCAGUUGUCCAUUUACUGCAAGGUGAGAAUGAUUGGGAGCAGUAUGCUUCUGAAUUCCAGCUGCUGGAAACCUCAGGAGGAGAGGGAGGAGAGAGUGUUGUUGCAAAUUUAAAGUCUUGCUUGUGUGAUCCUCCCCGUAGGCAUCUAGUUGGUUACUGUGAUAACAGGAUGCAGGACUAGAUGGGCAUCCAACAGGACCCUUAUGUUCUUACUGCCUGUUAUCAGGCUCAGCCCUUCUGUACUUUCGCUAAUCAAUACAAGUACUUGUCAGAUUGUAGUGAAAUCCUAUACACUUCUGCCAGAAGUAAACCCCAUUGAAGUCAGUGAAUCAGAUGGAUGUCUCCUUCCCAAGGUACAUAACCAGAGCAACUAUUUCCAGAUUAAUUGGUCAGCGUUUUCUCGACUUCCUGUCUUGUUUCUGUCGUGUAUCUCCUUUUUUAAUCUCAUCAUUACUACAGGUCAGUGGAUCGUGCUGUGGAAUUGCUUUAACACAGCAGUGGCUAAUCUGUUGCCCUCCUGAUGUUGUGGGACUCCAACUCCCAACAUCCCAAACCUCCCUGGCCAUUAAUCAGGCAUGUUGGGAGUUGUGGUCCACCAACACCUGAUGUCAUGGACUGGCCAGAUGCAGAGGAGUGGUGGGAGGCAUCAAACUGGGGAACCCCCAGGGGAAGGAGGCUCAGACUGGUGAUGGAAUGACAAUGAAUGGUCUGAUGAAGAAGAAGGAGCAGACUGGGAGGAAGGAGGUGUUGGAAGCUGAAGAGGUGACAGGGUUUAGUGAGCAGGGAGAGUCUGUGGCAGAGAGAAGCCCAGAAGCAGAGGCAGAAGAGGAGAGGGAACAGGAGACAGAAAUUAGGCUGCUGAAGAAUCCAGGGAGUCUCCCCCUCCUCCUGCAACCAGCCUCUGUCUCCCCUGGUAUCCCAGAACACGCAGAGAAAUUAUGAGGGUGGAGCAGGGCAAAGACAAAGAGGCAAGAGGCAAGAUGAAGGAGCCUCAGAUUGCCUGGGAAGGAACUGGGAGAGGAGCCGUAGGCAGCAGUGGGGAGGCAGGGUCCCUCAGUCCUUGCAACUGCCUCAUUGGGCCAAGACCUACUGAGAAAAGUUGUUGUGAUCACUAGGCCUGCACUGUUUUGUUUCUUUGAAUAAAGAGCUAAGUUCACUGACACCGGGUGUUUUACUGCUGACUUAUGCCUGACACCUGGAGGGCCAAAGGUUAGCCACCGCUGUUCUGACAGAGAGCUUUUUGUAAUAUUAGGCGGUGAGAUAACAAUCUUCUUAUUAAAUACCACCCACUUUGUGUAACGUACAUAUGCUGCAAGGAUAUUGGAGCAAGCUCCAUCCUCUGGAGAAGGCUGGGAGUGAGGAGGAAGGGGAAAUCCCACAGAUAUUGAGGAGAGUGCUCUUGUGCUCAGGUCCUGUUUUCAAGUAUCCCACAGGAACCUGGUUGGCCAUUGUGAGACUAGGAUGCUGGACGGAAUGGGUCAUUGGCCUCAUCUAAUGGCUCUUAUCUUCUUAUUUAUGUUGAGAUAUUUUUCCUCACAGACAUUAAUACUCUGCCUCCCCUUCCCCCGGUUUUGCCAUUGCCUCUGUUGGUGCAGGCUUACAAGGCUCUUUUUGACCAAGGCCUCUACUGAGGUAGGAGAAUGCAGGUCUGAGUUGCUAGGCAACCACCGUUGUUUCUAGAGAAUAGGAGGGUGGCAAAAGUUGCCUAGCAACCGCCAUGCAGUUUUUCUCCCUUUCAUCCUAGGCUUGUGUCUGACCAUACUAUCUUAGUGCUCCAUUUUGUGCCUUCAGGGCUGGGACUGAGGGGCAGUUUCCUAGGUUACCUGGCCUCUAAUUGAUACUUGAACAUUUGGGCUGUUGGCAUGCUUCUGCCCGUCCGUCCGUCCCCAUUUGCCUCUCCUUUAUUAUAUUAUAUUUGACAUUUUAAACCUGUGUUAUCCUCAUCCUGAUUCUUACUGUUCCCUUUUUGCUACAUUCUUAAUAUGAAUUAUAAAGGGUUUCAGUAUCUGUUAUCCUUAAUUAUGCAGGUCAGCAUUUAUAUCUCUUUCUCCCUCCCUUAAAUCCUCAAGAAGUUGCAAGCGCACUAGGACUUAACCCCCCCCCCCCCACUCAAUAAUAGUUUUAAUUUCUGCAAGAGCUCUACCAGUGGUGGCUACUUAGAACAACAACAAACAAACUUUCAGAGCUAUUUUUGGAAGAUCAGAGCAUGAAAUGAACCUGACUGCAACUGAUGCCUGUCAGAAAUUAGCAGCAGCUGAGCUGAACUGUGGAGCAUUAGAAAGUAGCUGUUGCAUUUCAGCAGUAUUCAGCUCAGGGAUUGACUAAAAAGGGCUAAUUUCAUCGAGCCUGUGACGUCAUUCCCCCUUUGUUACAAGAGUCUAUUUUAAGGCUGUGGCAAAUUUUGUCGGAAAAGUUUUCUGCAUGCAGAUGGAGGCUGUGGAAUGAUAAAACCAGAAGGAGGCACAAUUGGUCUUUCGAGCAGUGAAGCAAACUUAAAUUGGCAAUCGCUAGUUUGGCGGUAUUGUCCCUCUGGGAUGUAAAAUGGACUUGGAUAAUAUCUUCAACACAAAAGCCGUAGCCCCGGGGAUUUAUACUUCCGUUACUAUGCCAGGAUAAAAUGUCCUAUAUACAGCAGUGUCCUUUUGAGCCCUGAGGGGAGGUUUUAGAACAAUACGUCGAAUAUUUGUAUAACUAGCAAAGCCACAUUUAUGUAUCUGUAUACCAGCGCUAUAGUUUGUCAGAUGGAAAUUCCAGCCAAAGUAUAUUCUCGUUGCUUUUGCUUUUGAUGCGGUAUAAUAUCCCUUUAUAUCUGCCCGAGAAAGGAAAGGAAUGUUGAGCCCACAGGGUGACAUGGGCACUAUCUUACAACAUUUAGGGCAUCUCCCCUGUGGUAUGUGCAAGUUAUUCUUCGGCAUGGGCAGUGCUGAGUGCGAAUGCUGUUUUGCCAAGCGCUAACUACAAGUGUGUACAUGUGUACCCACAGAGAGGUGGGAGAGCAAGGCGCACAAUUCAAAGCACUGAUUUGGAUCUUUAAAAGCCUUUAACAAGCUUGGGUUGGACAUACCUCCAGAGACCUCUUAGUAACACUGGCUGCUAAAAAGCAACUGGGGACAUCAUUUGGAUCGUACCACCUGUUGUAACAAAUGUGAAGAGCAGCGAUAACACAACUGUGAACUUCCUUUCCUUAGAGGCCUGUUAACAAUCAAAGAACGAAUUCCUUCUGUAGGAUGUUCUUCUUUGUAGUGGCAGCUCCAGGAUUUUUGAGUGCGGGGCUUGUUAGGAAGUCAUUCUGCAAAGAAACAGAAAAAGGUGUUUGUAGCUUUAAAGAAGUUUUCUUUAAUAGUGAGGAGUGACAAUCUAGGCUGAUUGGUUACAGCUGGGGAUGAAAAUAAAAGAGGAAGUUGCAGGUUGCACUUGCUUGCAGGAGGAAAGAGUAUCCACACGCUGUGGUGGAAAGAUGUAUGUAAAUAUUUUGUAUAUAGUCGCUUGUGAACCAGCCAAGAAAUAAAGUAGCUCUUGACUGAGUAUUUUGCACAAGUCUUAUAGUCUCUUGUCAUCUGCCACCAGGAAGAAACUCUGCUACAAGCUGUUUAAAGCAGUUUUCUAGAGGAGCCACCACACCAGCAGCAAGCGCAAUAGAAGUGUGUGGGCGGCAACCUCCAAUAGGGUUUGGGCAAGGUGCAGUCUGUCAGGAGUUCAGCCUACACUUGAGUAGGACCCUGGCAGAGACACAUGCCCAACUGGCAUGUUCUCUUCCUCCUGGUCAAUCGUUCGGGAGCUUCAAAAGCUUUCUUCAGCCCAAACAUCACAGCGACUGAUGCCAACCGACACCGGCACACUUAGGGAUCCGCAGAGUCUUCACAGCUUUGCAUGACACACCUCAGCAACUCAGCAUUUUGGCUAAUCUACUUUAUUUACAUAUAAAUACACACGGAGCACUGCAACAUGGCUCCCUCUCUAGCAUCAGACAGCAAAGAGAAAAAAGAACAAAGGGCAAUAGUUCCACUUCCCAGAACACAGUAACACAAACAUCCUGUCUCUGUCACUUUCCACUCUGUGGAGUCAAAACAUAUAUCGUCAUGUGAAAGACAACAAUCCCAUGACUGCAAUCAUGGCACAGGAAGUUUUUGCUGUCUCUGCAAUCUGUUCACUCGACCAGUCCGCCAGGCAAAUGGAGGGUGUUGCUGUAUCUCCUUUCUCUUGUCAUUGCUUGCAUCUUUAAAGAGGCCUGGUGAGCAGGUCAUAAGAGCAAGGGCCAGAGAGAGGCCCUUUCUCAUGAAUGAGCCUAGCCAUAUGCUCUGUGGUGCCUACCAUUGAUGCCAACUUUGCUUCAAGGGCCAGGAUUGAGCAGGUGUGGCAUAGCUUAUUAACCUGAGGAGUUGUGUGCGUUGUUUUGACUGCUGCUACAUGUCCCCAUGACCCGGAAGCUGUACGUUGGCUCCCUCGGCCAAUAAGGCGAGAUGAGUGCCGCAACCCCAGAGUCGGCCACGACUGGACCUAAUGGUCAGGGGUCCUUUACCUGUCCCCAACCUGCUGAGGAGUGAUACGAAAGGUUUCAUCUACCUAUUUCGAGUCAAUUAUAUAUCUUUUAUUUUGCAUAUAAAAUAGAAUGAAUGUCUUUGAGAAUGCGGUAUUUCAUAUGUUUCUGCGAAUCCCCAUUUUUCUUCAUUAGGAGUUAAGCACAACUGUAAGAGCGUUGGAAUCUCAGAGAGCAGUUUCCCCAAAUGGGUUUUUACAAAUCCAUUUCAAAAGCAAGCCAUGCUGCGUUGAAAUUAAAUCCACAUGUUUCCUAUACAAUAAUGUUGACCGAAGUGAUGGCUUUCAUUAAGUAUGUGGGUCUUCUUGCUAAAGAGUAGUUUUUCUUUAAACAUAUUCUUGUAUUUCAGGCCUGGAGAAUCCUCCAUAAUACUUUCAAACAGGAAUUUCAGGGACUCCUAUCAGUCUAGGUCCCCCUCCCCCAGCCAUGGAAAUUCCUGCUUGGAAGCAUCUUUCCCCUCAUGCUACACCCAAAUUCCACCCAUAAGGAAAGAAGGAAGGAAAAGAGGGAACAUAGCAAUUGUGACUUUGUGUGGUUGUUUGGGGGCCCUACAAUAAUAGAUAUAAUAAUAAUAUAAUAUAAUAAUAAUUUAUUAUUUAUACCCCGCCUAUCUGGCUGGGCUUCCCCAGCCACUCUGGGCGGCUUCCCAAAAAAUAUUAAAAUACUGUAAUACAUCAAACAUUAAAAGCUUCCCUAAACAGGGCUGCCUUCAGAUGUCUUCUAAAAGUGUAAGAAAGUGUUUGCUCUUACGUGGAAGGAAGCCCUCACUGGGACUUAACUUCUGAGCAUAUGUGCUUAGCUGAAAGGGACAUAAAAGUGGAGGGGGGUUUAAUAAAUUGGUCCCCAAAUGUAUGUUGGGAUUAAAGUGAAUCCCAGGUCUGAACAGGUUGAAGUCUGUGAUUCUGCAUUGACUAGCAAUAGCUCUCUGGGCUUUGAACCUGAGCUACAGCCCCUGUGAGCCUCGGAAGGGACAUGUACCUGGGAUGGUGCUGCAGGUAUGGCGAGGAGGGGGAUUAGGUGUGCAUAUGGUAGAUUUGGAGGAGUAGACAGAUGCUUUCCCCAGAGCUAUGUGCCAGGCACAGUGCAAAGCAGAAAACUUACAAUGGACACCAACAGUAAAGUAAAACCCCAUCGCAAGUAAAACAUUGUCUCCAGAUGGCUGUGUUUUGUUACAAAGAAAUAAUUUAAAUAAAAGAUUUAUCUCUCAAUCUUUCUCUCUUUUGGGAUGCUGACAACGUCACCAAUUAUCUUUCCUGGGUAUGUGAAGGCAGACGAGCUCCUAAAAAAUAUUUGUGGGCUAGUAACUUUUGUGGACUUAUUUCAUGCCAGUGUAUGUACCUAAAAUGAUUAGAUGGGCAUAACAGCUGUAUCUGUCUGGGUCUGUACCAUGCCUGUACCCCACAGCUACUGAGCUACCAGUAAAUUAAGGGUUCAGAAGGGAGGAGAAUGGUUGGUGACAGCCAUACGGGUUUAGGAGAAGCGCUGGGUUGGGAGUUAGGUUUUGUUAUUAAGGAGUAAGUAAAUACCCACCUGGGAUGUGGGUGGUGCUGUGGGUUAAACCACAGAGCCUAGGGCUUCCCGAUCAGAAGGUUGGCGGUUUGAAUCCCUGCGACGGGGUGAGCUGCCGUUGCUCAGUUCCUGCUCCUGCCAACCUAGCACUUCAAAUUGCACGACAAAGUACAAGUAGAUAAAUAGGUACCGCUCUGGCGGGAAGGUAAACGGCGUUUACGUGCGCUGCUCUGGUUCGCCAGAAGCGGCUUAGUCAUGCUGGCCACAUGACCCGGAAGCUGUACGCCGGCUCCCUUGGCCAAUAAAGCGAGAUGAGCGCUGCAACCCCAGAGUCGGUCACGACUGGACCUAAUGGUCAGGGGUCCCUUUACCUUUUUAAAUACCCACCUACUUCCCUCCACAUAGGUUGAAUAUGGAAAGCCAAGAGGCUGGCAGGGGGAAUGGAAUGGGGCAGCUGGAAUCCUGAACAGGGCACACUCCAUACUGCAACAUUUUGUUGCAGGCCCCACUUGUCAACAAAAUUGACAGUUGUGGCCAAGUGGAGCAUAAGUACAUCCGCUGCUGGGACAAAGAGAAGCAGAAGGACAUAAUUGUCAUGCUCCGCUCGUAAGCACACUGUUCUGACAUUCAGAAGAGAAUAGUGGACUAGACAGAUCUUGCUCUGGAUCCGGCAAGGCAGCCCUUAUGUUCUGAUGCAUCCAGAGGGUCUGAUCACGUCAGAGGUGGCAGCACUUGCCUGCAUCAGUGCUAAAUUUAUGGGUUCCGGGCAUAUUCCAAUGUAGCGAAAUCCUCUCAAAGAGGCAAACAAUACAGAGACUAAACAGCAUUAAAUGCUUCUUGUUCGUAGAAGGAAGGCGGCUGAGGAAACAGUGGGAGCCUUUUGUAAGAAGCUGAGCGUGGGCAGUUGGUGAAAUUUAAUAAACCAGGCUAUGCUGGGAGCCUGGCUUGAAUCCUUGGCUUUGUAAUCGCACGAGGUGCCCAAGGCCUGCAUUACUUUUCCUGGGGGGGAUUAAGUUCUCGCUACACCAGUCAGCGUGAGAGAGAUCAAGAGGCAAUGAAAACUGUUAAACUCUUGGCCUCAGGAGCCAAAAGUUCCCGGCAGCAAACUUUCAGCAGCAAAUACUUUGUGGCUUAGGGCAGGCAGACUCUAAUUCCAAAUAAGCAAAUCGAUAGGAAGGAGAAGUAGGGGUGCCUUGUGGCCUGGUGUUAUCGGACAAGCGAUAAGAUGGCAAGUUGCGUAUUGAAGACAUGUGAGGUCAAGUCAUUUGUAUGUCAUCAGGUGGGAUUUGCCUGCCUUCCAAAUUGGCUGGCCACCAGCUCCUCAUCUGUUUUGAAAAUUAGGGCAAGGUCUAAAUUUGUUUUUAGAGAACCAAAGAGCAUGUAGUGGUGGUUGCAUCUGUCAUGUUGGACUCGAGUUUGGGCCAUAGUUUAUCCUCAUCCUCCACAAGUUUUACUAAUUUCAAUGAGCCUGCUUCGAGUAGGACUUAGUUGGAUACAACCCAAACACUUUCCCUCUCCUGGUAUCUGAAGAAGAAAGACAUCAGCACGUCAGCCGAUUUAGAUCCCGUUUCCUCUUUCUUGCUCUAAUCUACACCGGCUACUGACCCAUCUCUUGCUUCGCUCCCAUCUGAUGGGUGGAUGAUACACCGGUUUCGAUUUGAAAGUUCAUUCAUACUUGCUGCAGUUCUUACUGCAGAGAAAGGUAACCAGGCAACGGUGUCCCAUGUCCUGGUUACCUCCGUAUUGCAUUAUUGCAAUGCACUGCACAUGAGACUUCCCUCGAGGAGGACUUGGAAGCUCUAACAAGUGCAGAAUGCAGCAGAAUGCAGCAGCAUGCACUAAGUGUGCUCUCACACUUGCUCGUUCACACUUAGUCAUGGUUUAGCUUAGUGUAGUGUACAAAUCAUGCCAGUAUAAGACAGCUUUCUGUGUUCAAGAAGUGUGUAAGAGCAGAGACAUCUAUCUAUCUCUAUAUCAUCUAUCUAUCUAUCUAUCUAUCUAUCUAUCUAUCUAUCUUCUAUCGUUGUUGUUGUUUAGUCGUUCAGUCUUGUCCGACUCUUCAUGACCCCAUGGACCAGAGCACGCCAGGCACUCCUGUCUUCCACUGCCUCCCGCAGUUUGGUCAAACUCAUGCUGGUAGCUUCGAGAACACUGUCCAACCAUCUCGUCCUCUGUCGUCCCCUUCUCCUUGUGCCCUCCAUCUUUCCCAACAUCAGGGUCUUUUCCAGGGAGUCUUCUCUUCUCAUGAGGUGGCCGAAGUAUUGGAGCCUCAGCUUCAAUCUUCUAUUUUCAGCAUCUAUCUAUCAUAGGAGAUGUAAUAGAUAAGCAGGUUCCAUUUUAAUAAAGGUUUAAAAUAGGUGAGCUGCUGUUCAACCCCUGUGGUAGGAGUUUGCAAGCUGUUGAGUCCCUCAGAUCUGCCGAAUGAAGAGUUAAGUGUAAUCUGGAAGUUGGCCUACAGCUACAGAAUUUGAUCCAAAUAAAAGGUAUCACUUUGCAGGGCUUUUGUUCUUUUGGCUUGUUUCUCUUUUUUUAAAAAAAUCACAUUGCAUCCCUUAUUGUCCAUGCCAAUGUUAUAGCUAUCAUUAUCAAACAAUGACUCACUUUCUAUAUAGCCUCUUUAACAAUGAUUUCCCCCUCCUUCUCUCUCUCUCUCUCUUUUGUCUACAUGGCCUGCCAAAUGCAAUUUCACCUCUGUGCAAGCAGCCUUGUGGUACUUUCCUAGCUCUAAGAAAUGCCCCUUUCUCUCCCAGCCGCUCUUCUCUUUGAAUUCUCUCUCCCCACCCCACCUCCCCCUGCUCCCCCCCCUUUGCAUUAUUUUGCCCAUGCCUUUAGCAGUGGGAGCAGCCUUCAGAAUGCAAGCGCCUGCUCCGAUGUCUAUCUAGGCAUCUUUGCAUGCUCUGCCACGCAUUCCCUCGUCACGAACGCUUGCUCCAGCGUCAUGUUUACACUGCAGAGUGGUAUUCUUAGCUUCAUGCGUAUCGCUCACGCUUUUGAGGGAAGGGCUGGGUGUGAAGACACGCUAUUCCGAAACCCCCCCUUUGAAAGAAACAUUGGAAAGGAUUGUGCGAGAUCAGAUAUCCAGCAUCGCCUCCCAUAAUAUAGACACAUAUAAAAAUUUGUAUAUAUAACACGUAUUAUUGACUGCAGUCCUUAGCGGUGCACAAUGGGCAAGCUGGAAAUUUGAUCUUCAUUGGCUUUGCCACCUCCGAGAAUAAAGAAAAUGGGUAGAAGCAAAAAUAGUAAUUGGAAAUCGCUCCUGUGGAGGAAAGCUGUCAUGAGAGGCGGAUUGAUUUGGCAGUGGCAGAAGUAGCGCUAUUGAUUGCUAGUCCUUAGUGAAUUAAAAAGAAGACCAGGAGCCUUAAUGCACCUCCCUCUCUUUCCUUUUGUGUCUGUGGGUGGGUGGGGGACGAGACAAAGAAUUGGCGACUUAGAUUGCACUGCUGGGAUAAAGACUUACAAAGAGGCAGGGAGAUGCUGUCUGGCUCCUUCAGUGGGUGACCUCGGCAAGGCAGAGUCAGAACAGAAGCCUUCGAGACUGCAAAAGGAUUAUUAUCAUAAUUAUUAUUGCUAUUAUUAUUAAAAGUGGGAUAGAAAUUACUUUCUGGAAGGCUUCUACAAUGGCAUUUGAGGAGGCGGAACUAGGGCAAAACCCUCUUGCAAAAUGUGGAUGUAUACUUGAUACUCUUUAUUUUAAAUUAUUUCAUUCCAUGACAUCUUCAUAACACACUUUACAGCACAUUUCGAAUUAUAGCUAUUUUCAAUUCUGUGUGUAUGUAUCUAAAUAGCUUUUCCUUAUUCCUCACCCUGUGACUUCCCUCCACCACCUAACAGCUUCUUCUGUUUCACACUCUGUUUCUAUUGUGUUGUGAAUAUUGUUUUUAAUUUCCCCCAUAAACCAUCUAGCCAUAUUUUGCCUUUACAAAAUUUGGUUGAUGCAUAUCAAUCAAUUUGUUUUGGAACAAUGUUUUUCCAUGUAUUCUUCUACACAUAUUGCCACUAUAAUAUCCACUGUUGGAGACAGCAAUGCUUCUAAAUACCAGUUGCUACUACACACAGUUCCUACUUGCAGGUUUCCCAUAGGCAUCUGUUUGGCUGCUGUGAGAAGAAAAUGCUGGACUUAGAUGGACCAUUGGCCUGAUCCAGCAGGUUCCUGUGUACAGUGGUACCUUGGGUUACAGAUGCUUCAGGUUACAGACUCCGCUAACCCAGAAAUAGUACCUUGGGUUAAGAACUUUGCUUCAGGAUGAGAACAGAAAUCGCAUGGUGGCAGCGGGAGGCCCCGUUAGCUAAAGUGGUACCUCAGGCUAAGAACAGUUUCAGGUUAAGAGCGGAUCUGCAGAACGAAUUAAGUUCUUAACCCGAGGUACCACUGUACUUAAAUGGGGCAUUUUGAGUGCUGGUUCUCAGCCAUGGCCAAUGCUAGGUUGUGUCCCUUCUGCGGGGGGGGGGGCAUUUACCAUAUUUUUCGUCUAUAAGACGACCCCUAUUUUUUGAGCCCAAAAUUAAGAAAUAAAUAUUUUAAACAUUCCAUGUAUAAGACGACCCCCAACUUUAAACUUUAAAAAUUUGCGGGAAAAUAUAGUCUUAUAAAUGGAAGAAUCCGGUAAUUUCAUUUUUUAUUUUGCUCCAUGUGUGGUCCAUACAACCUGCAACCCACCAAGUUUUGCACAGCCCCACCAGCCAGGUAUGGUCGUCCUUUAAGGACUUUAAGUUUCCUUGUUUUUUGCUGCCUGCCUUGGACUGCAAAACCAGGGGUGAUGUCUAAGCCCUGGCAGGCCACCCUAAACAUCUAUGAAUGGCCAACUAGAUGUCUUUGGGAAGCCCACAAGCAGGACACGAGGGCAAUAGCUCUGUCAUGAUGUACCCCAGCUACUGGUAUUCAGAAUCAUACUGGCUUUGAUCCGGGAGAUAGUAUAUCAUUGUCUUGACUAAUAGCCAUGGACAGCCUUAUUCUGUAUGAAUUUGUCCAAACCUGACAGGAGCACGUCAGCAAUAACUCACACGGCUUCAGUUAACUCUUUAUUCAAAGAAGCAAGAUAGCUCAGGAGGCCAGGCCCAGUGAGCAAAGCAACUCAUCCCGGUAGAACUUGCCCCUAUGAGUCAGUUGUGGGGACUGAAGGUCCCUGCCUUCCCACUACUCCCUAAGUCUCCUCCUCCCUGAUUCCUUCCCAAGCAAUCUGAGGCUCCUUUGUCUUGCUGGUCUUUGCUCCGUCCUCAUCAUACCGCUUUGGAUUCUGGGAAACCAGAGGGGAGGAGAGCUGGUGGCAGCGGAAGUGGGGGACAGCCCGGCCUCCUCAUGAGCCUGACAUGUUGCUGCCUCUUGGCCCCCCUCCUCUCCAGCCUCUGGUUUUGGAGUGCUCUCUGUCACAGACUCUUCCUGCUCACUAAACCCUGUUGCCUCUUCAGCUUCGGCCAGCCGCCUUCUCCCAGCCUGCUCCCUCUUCUCCCAACUGGUGUCUCCAGCCAGUCCAUCACAAAACCCCUUGUAAAAUUGUAGGGCAGUAGCCCAGUGGCAGAGCUUUUGCUUUGCAGUCAGAAGGUUCCCAGGUUCAAUCUCCAACAUCUCCAGGUACACCUUGGAAUGUCCCAUUCCUGAAUACCUGGAGAGCCACUGCCAGUCAGUAUGUUGUUGUUGUUGUUUAGUCGUGUCCGACUCUUCGUGACCCCAUGAACCAGAGCACACCAGGCACUCCUGUCUUCUACUGCCUCCCGCAGUUUGGUCAAACUCAUGUUGGUAGCUUCGAGAACACCGUCCAACCAUCUCGUCCUCUGUUGUCCCCUUCUCCUUGUGCCCUCCAUCUUUCCCAAGAUCAGGGUCUUUUCCAGGCAGUGAUCCAUACUGUCAGUAUAGGCAGUACUGAACUUGGUGGACCAAUGGCCUGACUCUGUACAAGGCAGCUUCUGUGUUCCCAAAGACUGUGUGAUUCUGAGUGCAAAUGCCUACUGUGUCCGUACACAUACAAUCAAAAUGCUGAUUUCUGCGGCAAAUCUUGCCUGUUGUUGUUGUUGUUUACUCGUAUCCGACUCUUCAUGACCCCAUGGACCAGAGCACGCCAGGCACUCCUGUCUUCCACUGCCUCCCACAGUUUGGUCAAACUCAUGCUGGUAGCUCCGAGAACACUGUCCAACCAUCUCGUCCUCUGUCGUCCCCUUCUCCUUGUGCCCUCCAUCUUUCCCAACAUCAGGGUCUUUUCCAGGGAGUCUUCUCUUCUCAUGAGGUGGCCAAAGUAUUGGAGCCUCAACUUCAGGAUCUGUCCUUCCAGUGAGCACUCAGGGCUGAUUUCCUUAAGAAUGGGGAGGUUUGAUCUUCUUGCAGUCCAUGGGAUUCUCAGGAGUCUCCUCCAGCACCAUAAUUCAAAAGCAUCGAUUCUUCGGCGAUCAGCCUUCUUUAUGGUCCAGCUGUCACUUUCAUACAUCACUACAAAUCUUGCCUACUUACAGUUAAUUCUCAGAAAUAACAGAUGAUUUCCCCCUCUUUUCCACAGAUUGUUAUGGAUUUCAAACAUCCGGAUGGACAUGCCGCAGCAGUUAUGCUGCCUCAGCGUAGCUUGCUGGUAAUGUCUGGAGAAUCUAGAUACCUCUGGACCCAUGGGUGGGUGUUGACAGUCACAAGUUAAUGAUAUUACAUGCAUAAAAAUGGCAGAGCAGACUGGCGGCAGACUUCCCUUCUUGUUUCUUUAGCAGUCACCAGUUAAUGAUGAUAAUCCAUUUCCCGUUUCUUGUUUAUUUACAGCAGGGCUAGGGAGCCUGUGGUCCUCCAAAUGAUCCUGGACUCCAGCUCCCAUCCUCCUUGAUCAUUGGCCAUGCUGGCAGGGGCUGAUGGGAGUUGGAGUCCAACAGCAGCUGGAAAACCUCAAGUUCUCCACUCAUGAGCUAGAGGAAUAGAGGUGAUAGGCAGGGACAUGGGCCCUUUGCUCCUUUGAAGAUAUGCCCAUUUAUGUUGGCUUUAGAAACCAGGCUAGAUGUUUUAGGAUAACUAAAAAAUGGUGAGGUAGUGUGCAUGGGUAUGUGGUUUUUAGGUCUGCUUUGUUCAAACUCGCAAAGCAAUGAUAUGAUUUGCUGCAGUUUAUUCUGCCACGGCUGAACUCGGCUCAGCAGCAUAGAAGUCAAUAACAGGCUGAGCGCUUGUCUUGCUGGGAGUCAAGUGCUGAGGCCCUUUCAAGUCAGCAAUUCUGAUGGGCUUUCAACUAGUCCCCUGGACAGAUAUACAACUCCUCCAUGGCAAAUUCUGCAUUAAUGAAGUUCGUUUAUCAAGUUGAGGGGGAAAAGGCUGGACGUGAGAAAGAUUUGGAGUUUUCCCUGAGGAAGCUCAGACAGACUGUACAGAGGGAUACUUGGGCCACAGAGUUCCCAAGAUUCCUUUUCCUGUACCAGACAGAUUUAUUCAUUAUGUUACGAUCCCACCAAUCCUCCAGGGUGCUCGAGAAUGGUAUUUAUGGGUCUUUCCUCCCACUUUCAUUCUCUCAGCAACCGUGUGAGGUAGAUUAAACAGAGAGGCAGCAUCUUGCCCAAAGAGAACAUGAUGGCUGAUCAGGAAUUUGAACCCAGGCUCCUUUGAGGCACUAUCCAGGGCAUUGCCCUUGCUCUGAAAGGUCUGCAUUGUGGGCAUUUCCCUUGUCAAUAUCAAGGUCUGCAAAUAAAAAAAUAAAUAAAAAUAAAAUUUUAUUUAUAUCCCGCCCUCCCCAGCCGAAGCCGGGCUCAGAGCGGCUAACAACAGGAAAAAUAGCACAAUUUACAUAAAAUCACAGUUAAUUAAUUGAAAUACAUUCUAAAAUCAAUUCAGUAUCAAAUUAAUGGCAACCAUUGGGCUAGAGUUCUAUGAGGAUUACAGAAGGAGAGAGGAGGUCAUGUGCCUUGGCCAAAGGCCUGGUGGAACAGCUCUGCCUUGCAGGCCCUGUGGAAAAAUGUCAAGUCCUGCAGGGCCCUAGUCUCUUGUGACAGAGCGUUCCACCAGAUUGGGACCACGGCCGAAAAAGCCCUGGCUCUGGUUGAGGCCAGCCUAACCUCCCUGUGGCCCGGGAUCUCCAAGAUGUUUUUAUUUUUAUUUUUUUUAAUUAUUAUUAAAGAUUUUCUUGUUUUACGGAAGUAAGUGUAAUGUCUCUCGUAUUUUUUCCAUGUAACAUUUUUACAAAUCCGUUUCAUUUGUUGAGACAUUAGGGGGAGAAAAACAAGAUUUUUUUAUUUGAAGACUGUAAGGUCCUCCGUGGGACAUACCAGGAGAGGUGGUCCCAUAGGGGUACAAGGGUCCUAGGUCCGUAAUGUCAGCAAAUGAGGUAUGCAGAUCCAAGAGGGACCUGCAGCAAUACAUUGUAGUGCAGAGCAAUUCAUUUUAGUCUGGCAAUGUCAUAGUCUUGAACUCUGAAGAGCAGGAGGAACCAACUGUCUCUGGGGGGCUGUUGUACCCCCAACUGGGGAAUCAGACCAAGAUUCUGAUGCUGGUGUUUCAAGAGCUGGUGGCCCGAAACCUGCAGAGCCUGAGAUGGGCUGUCCCCCCCCGGUACAUAGACGUUUAGACACUUGUCUCAUUAUUUCACAGGUUUCCAUGAACCAUUUCAUCUAAUGUGUUUGUCGUGUGUGGUGAGCCAGUGUGGUGUAGUGGUUAAGAGCGGUAGUCUCGUAAUCUGGGGAACUGGGUUCGCGUCUCCGCUCCUCCACAUGCAGCUGCUGGGUGACCUUGGGCCAGUCACACUUCUUUGAAGCCUCUCAGCCCCACUCACCUCACAGAGUGUUUGUUGUGGGGGAGGAAGGGAGAGGAGAAUGUUAGCCGCUUUGAGACUCCUUCGGGUAGUGAUAAAGUGCGAUAUCAAAUCCAAACUCUUCUUCUUCCUCAUGUUAGAUAAUAAUAAUAAUCCUAGCUUCUGUUUUGUUUUAAAGCAUCACACCUAGGAAGUUUGACAUUGUUCAAGCAUCUGAAGGACAGAAAAUUGGAGCAGUCACUACUGACAUUGGAGAUUUAACCUUGAACAAGAGAGGGGAAAGGACAUCUUUCACUUUCAGAAAAGUGAGGAGAAGCCCUUGCAAUUGCUGUAAGUUCCAGUUAUUCAGAUGUAAACAAUGGAGCUCGUUGGGUCCCACUCCUUUAAGGCUAUGCUCCCCCCACUUGGCCCUCAGCUCUUAAAGGCAUGGCUGGAUUAACUGCUCCUCAUUCUGACUCUGUAGAACUCCCUGCCCAUUGACACCAGACCAGCACCUUAACCAUACUAUUUUUGGCACCUGCUAAACAAUUUCUUUUUCUUUAGGCAAGUCUGGCCAGCUAUGUAAAGUCAACAUAUAUUUUAAUGAGUGAUUUACUUUAGAAUGAGUAUUUUAACUGCAGAUCUUAUUUAUAAUUUUAAAUUAUUUUAGGUCAAUUUAACUUCUGACUUUUAUCAAUAAUAUUAAUGUAUAUUUUAUGCAAACCGUUUUUGCAGUUAAGCAGCAUGCAAAUCCUGUAAAAGAAAUGCAUUUUUAAAAAGCAAGCUUCAACAUGUCUUGCUGAGGCUACAGCAUCUUGGGACACUUACCACGUAUUGCAGCAGUAGCCAACGUGGUAUCCUGCAGAUGUUGCGGACUGCAACUCUGGCCUUCCUCACCAUUGACCAUGCUGCCGGCGGGAUAUGAACGCAGUAGCAAGAAGAUGAUCGGAAUCCCCCUUUGAAACUUGAAAUAUGGGUCCCCUCAACAAAAAUUUAAAAUUCGGCUUUGUAAUUCGGAAUUUAUGUGAUGUGAUUUGAUUGGUCGGUUAAUAAAAAUUAUAUUUUUUAAAAAAGACCAUGCUGCCGGCCGGGCUGAUGGGUGUUGUAGUACAGCAACAUCUGGAGGGCACCAUAUAAUCUAUCCCUCCUGUAUCCCAGGAGUGUCAGGCACUCGUCUCUGAGCUCUCCUCCUGGCCUCCAGUUGUGGAACAAGCUGUCUUGGCAAUAUGGGAGCCCCACUUUGGGCAAAGAAAUAAACUAGGGCUGAGUGGAAGGUCUAUGAGAGCUAACAGCCUGCAGUAGGGGCACUUCUUCCCUCUUCUCUGGAUAUUCUUGCCAACCGUGCCCUAGGGCGUGACCACUGGUGACCACUACAUUCCUACUGGUCCCAUCCUCCUCCCCACUCCCAGGACUCUCCUGGGGCUCUUUCAACUUGUCACCCAGUGCUGACCCAUUUCCUCUGCAAUCCUUAAUGCUGUCCCUUCCAAAGCCCACCCUCUCUGAUUGGAUGGGUUCGAGCAGCAGCAGGUGAGUGGUUAGAUUCCUUCCCUUUUGACUGGGUGUGUUUCACUACAGGGCUUUUAUUCCUUGGUUGGUCUGCUGCUGCUACACAAUAUUUAUUUCACCUGGAAAUAACAUUUUUUCUUUGUUGUCUCCUUUUAAAAACAAACCACUACCCCUUCUUCUCGACUAGCGACAAAUUUGUCUUUGAAAGUGCAGCAGGAGUAAGCAAUAUUUCUCACCUUUUAGCCUCCAGAAAGCAUUCCUGUGGCCAAAGAACACCCUUUAGAACAGAAGGAGCACCUUAAUCAAAGUAAGGCUUUUGAGUCGAGCAUAGCUCUAGUAGUUCAGACAGCUUUACACAAACAAUUUGAUCAAUGUGUUCCAAGGGAAAAAAAAAGAUUUUUGAUUUGCUUCUUAUGGUGUAAACUUUGGGAAUUGCUGUUAAGGUUUGUUGUCACAUCGGCACACCUAGGGAGCAUGGUUCUAUGUAGUCACCCAAUAUAAGUUUGGGCUUUUUGUUGCUGGUUUCCACACCAUGCCAUGAAGCAUCCUGUCUUCGCCCUUAUUUAAACUUGUACGAUGCAGUUGUACCAUUUUUGCAUGCAACGUGGUACAGAUAUAGCAUGGAAACCAUGGUUUGCAAAUUGAGAUCCAGUCUAGGGACACAAACUCACUCUCCUCCCCUGCUCCUCUCCCCAAAGAGAAGUCUUCCUUCCCAUCUCAACAUUAAAAGUUUUGAAGAGUUAUUUGUGCACUGGUGCUAACUAAGCAACAGUUUAUUCUAACCAUGGUUCUCUUUUGAGCCAGAAUUUGGUAUUAUGGUUUCACAUGAACCAUUAACUUUGGUGCAAUGUAACUUUAAACCCAUGGUUAAUGUUGACAGUUACAUGCAGACAUGCAAAGUGAGUCUUUGGAAUCAUGCUUAUAGGGUUGCUAAUCUUCCCUUCUAGUAGAAGCCCCUUACGCCUUGAUAGAUGGCACUCCAAAAGAUCCCAAUAAUUUUGGAGGGUGCACAGGGGGUUCAAAGCACAAGGGGUAGCAUCUGGAAAGCCCCUAUGCAUGGGUAGAAUACUUCUUGUGUUUUGGAUCCUGGCCAUAGUGUUUUUCAGUUACAGUUCCUAGGAUGUAAACCUAGGUCUAGUAUCUACUCUGCCCAUACCAUACUCUUGCACCCUGAUCCUCUUAGAGUAUUCCCAGUUUAAACUGAGAUAUACCAUUUAGUUCAGUGUUUCCCAAACUUGAGUCUCCAGCUAGCUAGCAAGACCAGUGGAUGAUGGGCAUUGUAGUCCAAAAAGAGCUGGAGACCCAAGUUUGAGAAACACUGAUUUAGUUCAUCAAUGUAUAGUUUAGUGUAGAUCACUAACUAGGUAAUAGAUGUGCCAUUUUAAAUUCAAUUCAAUUUUAAAACUGAAACUCAAAAUGUGCAAUUUGGUUUGCGGUUUUCAGAAUUCUCUGUUAAGUGAGCACAAUCCAAAAUGGACCGCUCUGGUUUGGAGCACUGUGUUCUGUUUACGGACAAAUAAAUCCUUAUCCUUUCCUACCCUGUAGCUUAUCCUUCUGUGUGUGACAGUCAGCGUAAGGACACAGAGCCCUCCUUCCCGGAUAAUGAGAGAGAAGCCUCGAAGCUAGAAGAAAAGUAUGUACACGAGGUGUAUGAAGGGAUUGCCACGCACUUCAGUAGCACGAGACACAGCCCAUGGCCGCGAGUCGUUGAAUUCCUGAGGACUUUGCCGUGUGGGGCUGUUGUGGCUGAUGUUGGCUGUGGCAAUGGAAAGUAUUUAGGAGUCCGCAAAGACUUACAUAUGGUAAGGAACUAUGUGGUUUCAGUCCUCCUUGCUUUGAAGGGGAUAGUUACCCUAUCAGGAUUGCAUCUCCUAUGACAUAUUUCCUGCAUGGAAAGCUUUCCCUCUCUUUUUCUUUUUCUUUCUCCUCCUUUCCCUUCCCUCCCAAAAAGUGACUUACAACACAGUAGUUCAGUUUCAAAUAUAUAGGCUGGAAUCAGGGGGAGGAUGUUUCCAAUCCCUCAGAUGGCGAUUCUGACUUUUAUUUGGCUCUGGAAGGUCACCUGAGUUGAGCCAAUAUUCAAACAGGCCAUUCAAAAUGAUAAAGAGUUCCUAAAGCCCAAUAAAGCCAUUCUAACAACUGUGGCAUGUGUCAGAACCGGACCAGGGUUGUGGGUGGCCGAAUCUGGAACCUGGAGCAUGUGCUUGCCAUCAUGGUGGGAUCCUGGCUGUCAGUUGCUGGCACUAGCUGUAAUGCACUCGACUGCAAAUUAUGGAUGCGGAGAGCCAGAUUGGCACUCGCUUUUGAGAUGAAUAAAAAUGAACAGUAUCCCUUUAUCUUUGAGUGAACUCGUUCCCUCCUCCUCCUUUGAAUUGCAGGGCUGCUUUCCAUCGUUCUGAAACUCUUGGCUUCUCUUUCUUGUCCAGGGUCCACCAGCACAAAGCCAGCAGGGGCAGCUGUAGCAUCUUGCCUCCUGGGGGGGGGACAGAGAUAUGGAUCAGGACACUUAUACCGCCUGCCGUUACCACCAGUGUUUCACAUCUCUGCUCUCCGUAGAAGCCCAUCAAGCCUGUGCAGAAACAAUUGUUGUAGUUUCUUAGGCUUGGUCAUAGACCUAGACUUCUGCAGCUCUUGGUUCCAGCUGGGGAUCCCCCUGAAAUUGUGCCACCCAGUCCCAUCUUGGCUUUUCCCACUGCCUUGAAGUUUUCCCUCUCCAGUGUGUCCUGAAACUGCUGCGUCUGUAUUUUGACAACUAAAUUUUGCCAUUACGAGCCUAACCGGUUUGGCCGACUGUGCCUGGAUUCAUGCUAUAUUACCAUAUAAUGAUACCUGAGGUUAUAUGGAAUAAUCCCAAGAAAAGUCAAGAAAAUGUGAUAACACAGAGAGCAAAGUUCCAUCCCCCCACUUUCAGGCAGUGCUUGAAGAUUAAAACCCCAGGAGAGCUGCUUCAGCUGUAGAGUACUUUUCACGGUUGCUGUUCAAAGUACAAAGCCAGAGGGGGAAAAAGACAAAGUAGAGCAAGGAUGGGCAAUCUGUGGCCUUUCACAUUUUGAUGGACUUCAACCCCCGUAAUCCCUGGCCGCUGGUUGAGGUCCCCUGAAGGGCACAGGUUCCCUACCCCUGCUCCAAGAGCAAAGGUGACCAAUUUCUGUUUUCUCAGGAACCACAUUGCCUUCCAAACCAUCGUCAAGUCAAUAAUAAUAAUAAUAAUAAUUGUACCCCACCCAUCUGGCUGGGUUUCCCCAGCCACUCUGGGCGGUUUCCAACAAAGAUUAAAAAUACAUCAAAAUGUCACACAUUAAAAACUUCCCUGAAAGGGCUGUUCAGAUGUUUUCUAAAUGUCAGGUAGUUGUUUAUCUCUUUGACAUCUGAGGGAAGGGCAUUCCACAGGGCGGGUGCCACUACUGAGAAGGCCCUCUGCCUGGUUCCCUGUAGCUUUGCUUCUUACAGUGAGGGAACCGCCAAAAGGCCCUCGGCACUGGACCUCAGUGUCCGGGCAGAAUGAUGGGGGGGGGGGAGACGCUCCUUCAGGUAUACUGGGCCGAGGCCGUUUAGAGCUUUAAAGGUCAACACCAACACUUUGAAUUGUGCUUGGAAACGUACUGGGAACCAAUGUAGGUCUUUCAAUGUAGGUGUUAUGUGGUCUUGGCGGCCGCCCCCAGUCACCGGUCUAGCUGCCGCAUUCUGGAUUAGUUGUAGUUUCCGGGUCACCUUCAAAGGUAGCCCCACGUAGAGCGCAUUGCAGUAGUCCAAUCGGGAGAUAACUAGAGCAUGCACCACUCUGGCGAGACAGUUCACGGACAGGUAAGAGCUUCAUAGCUCUAAUAAGAAGGAGCUUAGAGAUUGCCAAGGAAUUACAUGCACACUUCAGAGACGUGAAACAUGACAUUGUGGAAGAAAAUCCCUCACUUUCAUUACCGCGCUGAGGGCGAAAUGUUAACCCCACACUGAUUAAAAGUAGGUAGAUUGCCAGGGGCCAGGUAAAAUUGCUUUGUAGGGCAGAUAUGGCCCCGUGGGUUGUGAGUUGGCCACCCCUGCUUUAGAACACAAAGCCUACAUGUACAAAUGUGUUUCUCUAGUCUUCUUUCGGGUAUCCUUAGUUUGGAAUAUUCCAGGAACUUUAAUCAGCUCAGUGCAUAGUGAAACUAUGGAACUUGCUCCCAUAGGAAACAGUGAUGACCGCUAACCUACAUGGCUUUAAAGGACAGAUGCAUGAAGGGAAGGGUAAUCAAUGGGCUACUUGCCAUUUUGACAGUGUUCUGCCUCCACAGUUAGAGGCAGCAAUGCUUCUGAAUACAGUGGUACCUCGGGUUAAGUACUUAAUUCGUUCUGGAGGUCUGUUCUUAACCUGAAACUGUUCUUAACCUGAAGCACCACUUUAGCUAAUGGGGCCUCCUGCUGCCGCCGCGCCGACAGAGCAUGAUUUCUGUUCUUAUCCUGAAGCAAAGUUCUUAACCUGAAGCGCUAUUUCUGGAUUAGCGGAGUCUGUAACCUGAAGCGUAUGUAACCCAAGGUACCACUGUACCACUUGCUGGAAACCACAGGAGUAGAGAGUGCUUGAAGAUCCUGUGCUUGAAUCCUGCUUUUGGGUUUCCCAUAGGUAUCUGGUCAGCCACUCUCAGAAUACAGUUCUGGACCGGACGGGCCAUUGGCCUGAUCCAGCAGGCUCUUCUUAUGUUCCAUCGACAUAUCUGAAGUCUUCCACUGGCCUACCUCUCAUGAUGGUGGCAUAUUUUGCUUCUGCCAGUGUAGCUAGUCUUCUACCAAAUCCUAUGACAUCUCAGCUGAUAGACCCUAGCCUUAAGAUUGCUCCCUACGAGUAAAAAAAUGUUAACUGGCACACAAUUCGAAAGCCACUUUUAGACAGUAAGCAAACCCCAAGCUGACUUGCUCCUGAAGAGGCCAAGAGAAGCUUUAUUGUUGAUUAACUUUGUCCCUCUUUGCAGCAAUCCGUCAUUAAGAUUUGUCUCUCCAGCAAGCUCUCUCAUUCAGGAACUGGCGUCUGCAAUGUAGUUAAUAUCCCAAAUCAACUAAUAAUUAUUUUCAGGCUACAACAUUCAGGCAUAAACACGCCCACUUAUAAAUCAGUAGAUUCCUUCUGGUUAAAAAUAAAUUGCCUGAAGCAGAUGCAUUAUAAUUCCAGACAGGGAAUUAUAAUAGGAACUUUUAUUUUAUCAGUGAGCAGAAAGAAGGGAGAUAAACAUGCCUGCCAGUUAUAACGAUGAUAAUAAUAAACAUACAUGAGGUUGCUCCAGUAUUAUUGCAGCAUGCCCGUCAACAUCACAACGGCUCACUUCAUAAAUUUGGUGUGGUUUUAGCUUGGAUCUGAAUUGUUUGACAGAGUGUGUGAGAAAUAGCCAAAGGAGUGUUGAAAUUACCAAGAGAUUUUUGAGAGAGACUCUUGGGGAUUGGAAGCGAGUGAUAGAUUUGCUGCACUGGCCAAAAGGCAAAUGUGGAUUUGGGAUGAUGGGAACCUUGCACAUCCUUUCAAUCAAAGUAUUGCUUUAUUAGCCAAUGAAAAGGGAACAUAUCUUGCAGGUGAAGGACUCAAAACAGCAGACAGGUGAAAAGAAAGCCAAAAAUAAAAAUAGGGAGCCCACUGGGUAUACGACACAAUUCUCCUUUUCGUGGCGACGAGAGAUGGCCUUCUCGUUUUUAGACGCAGCCCCUUCUCUCUGAAAGGUGACGCGGCAGCUCUCUGUGAGGGAAAACAAAACACUACGUGAAAGAAAUGUUAAAGGUCUGACUCAGAACAAGUGAAGCAAGGGAAUUUCUCUCUCCUGCACUGUGGCUGCAUGCUGUCAUCUUUCUUGCUGUGUUUGUAUGAAUUUGCCCGAAUUUAAUUUGCUUCCUCGAGACUCUCAUGCUAUUAGUUAUAGCUGAGAUGUUUCUCUAGGGAGCCACAUAAUUUCAUUUGGUGGCUGGAUUUCAAAAUUAGAUGUAGUUCUCUCUCCAUCAGCUUUCUGAUGAGUCGCAUCAAUCAGGUUUCAAAUGGACUUAAAUGAUCUAAUUCCACCAGGAGGAGUUAGUUAUUGUGAGGUAAAGCUAAAAUGACCACAGUAUCCUGUGGUUCUUUUUGUUCCCUGAGCUUGGGGAGAUAAUCAGCAUCUUGUGGAUGGCAGGCUCCCUAAUAAUUAUUAUAUUUUGCAUCUUCCUAUCUCCGUCACUAACCUGGUAAUAGAAAUAAAUGUGGCCACUGCAAAAAAUAUGGCUCUAUUCUAGGGUGAAACCAUGGCACUUUAGUUUCUUUCCUUCACAGCCUCAAGAAAUGUGAACAGGAAGAACAGAACAGCUCCUAAGAUUCUUUGGGGAAAGCCAUGGGGGACCAUGUGUUGAGAUUCCUGCAUUUCAGGGGGUUGGACUAGAUCAGACCCGUCCAACUCCCAAGAGACUGUGAUCUACUCCCAAUAUGAAUAAAAGAAUAAACUGGCAGUGGUCUACCCAUUGUCGUUAAGGAUUGACCACAGUUGUUGAGCUUUUUUUGGGGAGGAUUGACCUGAGUUUUUUGGGAGAGAUAAUAGUUGUUGAGCUUUUGUGGGAGAGGAUUGCAGUUUACUUAAGCCCGCGAUCAGGAUCACCAGGGGAUCUACCUAUCGAUCAUGGUCAACCUGUUGGACAUGUCUGGACUAGAUGAUCCUCUGGAUCCCUUCCAACUCUAUGACUGUUUAAAGUGGUAUAAUACUGCUUCAGCAUCUUAAAAAGUAGAGACAUCACCUUGCCAACAAAGGUCCGUAUAGUUAAAGCUAUGGUUUUCCCAGUAGUGAUGUAUGGAAGUAAGAGCUGGACCAUAAAGAAGGCUGAUCGCCGAAGAAUUGAUGCUUUUGAAUUAUGGUGCUGGAGGAGACUCUUGAGAGUCCCAUGGACUGCAAGAAGAUCAAACGCAUCCAUUCUGAAGGAAAUCAGCCCUGAGUGCUCACUGGAAGGACAGAUCGUGAAGCUGAAGCCCCAAUAUUUUGGCCACCUCAUGAGAAGAGAAGACUCCCUGGAAAAGACCCUGAUGUUGGGAAAGAUGGAGGGCACAAGGAGAAGGGGACGACAGAGGAGGAGAUGGUUGGACAGUGUUCUCGAAGCUACCAGCAUGAGUUUGACCAAACUGUGGGAGGCAGUGGAAGACAGAAGUGCCUGGCGUGCUCUGGUCCAUGGGGUCACGAAGAGUCGGACACGACUAAACAACAACAAAAUACUGCUUCAAAUGCAUGGUUAUGGAUGUGUGGCAAAGGCACUCUGCAGAUGCUCAGGAGUGUUCAUCUUUGUUACUUCACCCGCUGCAAGGCUAAACGUUGGGAUUUCAGACGGGAUGACGGGCUGAGCCAGAUGAAACCUUGGUUCACAUAAGCAUGGGGGGAAAGAGAGAAUGAGUUAAUUAAAAUAAUAUGAAAGUGCCUCUGAUAAUCCAGUAAGAUCAUUACACCUUCUUAGCAACUCGUAAUUAUCUGUGUCCAGUCAUUAUGGGCAUGCCUGCAGCUCCCAUCGUAUUAUUUAUAUCAAAUGCAAAUUUAAUCUGAAGCCUGUGUAGCCUUUGCAGUUUCUUCUCUGCAUCUCAAUUGAGAUAGGCAAUGCUCCCGGGGUCCUCCCCACCUCCCAGUGCAAGAUCUAAUCUUUUGUUUUGGGCAGUAGUGGAUUCGCUUUAAUACAUAGGACAUUACAAGUAAGCCCGACUUCACAAUUAUUUGAUAUAAUUUAGAUGCAAAUUAGGAACCUCAUAUUCUGCCGGUCGUAGGCUUUCUUCCUCUUGGUUAGCUUAGCUGCAGCUCAUUACAUUUCAUCAGAGUACAGUGUUGCCUCUUUUCAAGGUCACCCCAGUAUUGUCUUUUUGAUUGAAUUCCUGCUUCCCAGUCAAUUUAUACUGUACAUAUCUGGGACAGAGUGUGAUUGAAAUCAGAAGAAUUGUGCCUCUUUUUUUAAUCAUGGAAGGUGGCCACAGAUACAGUCAAUGAAGCACUCACUUUCUCCUCUUUUCAGCUGCUUGUUUGUACAUGGAACCCUUUCAUAGAAUUGUUCAUAGACCUCUAGAGGUGGAAGGGACCCUGAACAUCAUCUAGUCCAAGCCCUAGCAAUGCAGGAAUAGGCAGCUGUCCCAUACAGGGUUCAAACCUGCAGCCUUGGUGUUAUCAGCACCAUGCUUUAACCAGCUGAGCUAUAAGGCUGCUUAAACCUUUGAACCUCAUUGGGCUCUUAAGUGCUGCAGCUUCAUUGGCUAAAAUGCCUGGUUGAAGUUGAGUGGUGCCUUAAAUUUCUUUCAUCUUUCUCAAGAUUUCAGGGAGGGAGUCCUAGCUCAUUGGUAGAGCAUCUAGUGUCCAUGCAGAAGGUACCAGCUUCACUCCACAGCAAUUCCAGUUGGGCCUGGGAUGGAAUAUCCCUGUCUGAAAUCCUGGAGAGCAGCUGGCAAUCAACACAGACAGUUCUGAGCUAAAUAGACUAUAUAAGGCAGCUUCCUGGUAGAAAUGGCUGCUGGUCGAAAUUUGCCUUGUUUGCCAUGCUUUUUAAAUUCUUUUUAUUUAAUUGCAUUUUUAAAAAUAAAAAAAAAUAGGUGUUAGCUUCUACCAAAGGCCAACGACAUUUUGAGGAAAGGAAACCAAAUUAUUUUAUUCUGGGAGUAAGGAGCACUUUGCUUUUGACACCCUCUGCAAAAUCCAAAUGAUAACGAACUACUUUACUGGGACAUUGUGGAACAGAGGAGGCUCAGAAGACAAGGCAGCCAUCGCAGUGCAGCAUUUCAAAGGAGACGGCAUUUCUACCACACAUGCUGGAGAAAUCCAGAGGUGCCAUUUGAGCGUGUCACAUCUCGACAGUCCUCUUUUAUUCCUUCUUUCUUCAAAUUUCUACACAAGUAUGCAGUUAAAAUUUUGAAGAAGUGAGAUCCAACCUUGAGAUACUCAAUUUAUUUCUUCCGCGGAGGAAAAAAAUGUGCCAGAAAUUCAAAAUACUUGCAGGCUUUGUUGGGGGGUGGGGGGAAAUGUCUGAAGGAAAGUAGGUAUCCUGCCUGUAGGUGAUUUUUGCAAAAUCCGCAUGAAACUUUUGUAUGUAUCUUGUUAAGAGCGCAGUCCUUCCCAUUUUCUCUUGCAGUUUGGCUGUGACCGUAGCAUGACUCUUGUGGACAUUUGUGGAGAGAAGGGAUUUCAAGCCUUUGUGUGUGAUGCUCUCAGAGUACCAGUACGAAGCGGCUCAUGUGAUGCCUGUAUCUCCAUUGCUGUCAUCCACCAUUUUUCAACAGUGGUAAGUUAAAACUCUUCCCUAUGAUUUGUUGCCAUAUCCUUUACACAGCAACAGUGGGUGUCUUAUACAGUCGUAACUUGGUUCUUGAACGCCUUGGUACUCGUACAUUUUGGCUCCCGAAUGCCGAAAACCUGGAAGUGUGUGUUCCGGUUUGUGAACGUUUUUUGGAAACCAAAUGUCUGACAUGGCUUCUUAUUGGGUGCAGGAGGCUCCUGCAGCCAAUCGGAAGCCGUUCCUUGGUUUCCAAACGUUUUUGGAAGCCAAAUGGACUUCCGGGACGGAUUACGUUCGAGAACCAAGCUAUGACUGUACUGGGUCAGAUUGCUUGUCCAUCUAUCCCAGCAUUGUCUCUUCCGAAGGACAGCAGCUUCCCAGGGGUCUCGGGCCAAGACCCAUCAUCCACUUUGGCUUUCAGUGGCACUCACUUUUCCAGUGAUGGGUGGGGCUAGGCUAUCAGGACACCCAUGUUUAACUUCUCAGCCAUUAGCUGGCCAAGAGAGCCAUCCUAUAGCGAGAUGAACCAGGGUGGGUGGGGUUAGGAUCCAUCCAAUGGGUCUUUGGCUGAGCUGGGAGGUUUCUGGUGCAGCCAGGCUACUUUGGCAUAUCACCCCAUUCUUGGCUCAGUCAGAGGUACCUUCCCCAUCCAGGCUUAGCUAGGGCCCAGCUGGCUGAGUUGAACCUGGUGGAUCUUUAGCCAUCGUAAGCCCUAAAAAGGAUGUGUGGAGGGGGUGACUCAGGCUGGAUCUUAAGUAGGGCUGGGCGAUAUCUGCUUUUCAACAUCACAAUAUAUCACCAGCUAAACUGAUAUAUUACAACGUCUGAAAUGAGGAUGGAACUAUGUAGAGGCAUUAGCUGGCUUCAAGGUUUUUCCCACAUUGUGAUUUUUGCAUAGCACACACACAACAUAAUUUGCGAUAUAUUGCCAGGUCAAAAACUAUGAAACCGGUAUUGACUUCAAACCGGUUUUGGAUGAUAUAUUGCCCAGCCCUAACUCCUAAGCCUGUUCAGAAUGGUCAUGUGACCCAGCCACCUAGCAUAAAUUAAACCAGCAGAAAAGGUGGUGUCACUCAAAUACCGUCUUAAGUACUUGUUUUCCCUCUUCCAGGCUUAGGCCGGCUCAGUCAGCAGUAGUCCCACUCCUAAGCAGGAAUUUGAAUCUGGUAUACUUCGCAGCUGCUUAAUUUAUGCCAGUUUGCUUUACUCCAGCAUCUUGUGCCUAGGGUUGCUCCUAUAUGCAACAAAAACACGGUUCAGUGUAUGGAAAGCUAUGGUGCCCAAGGCGUGGCACUGGAUACCCGAAAGGCUACUUCUGCCCAUAUGAACCUGUGCACACACUCCAGUUCUUAGGGGAGGAGGCCCUGUUCUGUAUCCUACCAACAUCUGAGAUGCCAUUGGUAGGUGGAAGGAGCAAACCCUUCUUGCAUAGAAGAGCCAGGGCCCAGAUUAUGGAUUGUCUUGUUAUGAAACAUCCAGAUUUAGGCACCAAUUGUUAUCUUUUUUUUCUUACUUGGGUACACCUUACAACAAUGUGCUUACAUCUGUGACGUUGGUUGCUCCUUUUUCAUUUGAGCAAGCAAUCAUUAAAAUGGCAAGCAUAAGCAGUCUUUUAAGAGAAAAACAACAGCGUUUAAAUGGAGGUUGAUAAUUGCCUUGAGUAUUACAGAGCAGGGAAAAAAUUAUUUUACCAAAUAAACAGAUAAAGAGCAGUACAGGUGUUCCUGAUUAUAUAAACCACUAGAGCACAUCAGUUUUCCUUUGCUGUACUCGAGGCGUUGCUCUCACUUGCAAUCCUGCUGCUGUUAACCUUUGGACUGACUUGAUCUGCUUUCCCCUUGACCAGGAGAGAAGGCUGGCCGCUCUCUGCGAAUUAGUCCGGCUGCUGAGGCCGGGUGGAAGAGCCCUCAUUUAUGUCUGGGCCAUGGAACAGGAAUACAAGAACCAGAAGUCUAAAUACCUGAAAGAAAAAAGAGCCCGCGGUGGUGCGUCGGAAGAGCUCAGCAGUGACACAUUAGAGGAAACAGGCGACAGUGACUGCCAAAGUUCAGUGCACCCCAAGAGCAGGUGUUGCAAUGCAAACCAGGCCGUUCAUGCCAAACUGCCCGUUCAUACCAACAGAACAUCCUUUGGCUCCCAAGACUUGCUGGUCCCUUGGCACCUGAAAGAUGGCAUGAAGAAGAAAUCCAGGCAUGUCCAGUCUCAUCAGCCUGUGGGAUGCUCUGCAGACUCGCAGGAACUUAGUCCCAUAUUUCACCGUUAUUACCAUGUCUUCUCCAAAGGAGAACUGGAAGCGCUCUGCAAGAGGCUAGAUUCCAUAGAGGUGCAAGAGAGUUACUAUGACCAAGGGAACUGGUGUGUAGUUCUUGAAAAGCGGUAACUUAUCUACGAAACCUUGCAGGUUGCCAAAGGAUGUAUUUGACAUAAAUAUUUGGUUGCAAAAGGGUAUUGGGGCAGCAUCUGGCUUUAUGUUUAUAAAAUAAAUAUUCUUUUUACAGUG